UCGCCAACGGCGCGCGUACGGUGCGGAUCUCUUUCUUUGCUUUGAACGGACGUUUGCGUGUCAUAAAUACAUAUAUACACAUAUUUAUACAUACUCAACUGCCAAUACUCACAUACAUAUAUAAAAUAUAUUCGCUGGAAUAUAAAUUUGAAGUGUUCAAGUAAAGUGAAAGAUUCGUCUGCAAAGUGCCUGUAAAAUACAGAAAUUCUUUGAAAUUUCUGAAAAUAGUUGAGCCGUGCAAAAAAGCCAAGCUACAUUUAAAUUGUGUUCAGAAAUUUGACGGCAAAAUCAAAUUUUGUUCGUCGAAUUCAAAUUGUUGAUUGUGUUCAAAAGUGUGUCUGGUGUUUGGAAUUUAAAUGAGAAAUUCGUAAAUCCUAAUUUUUUAUCCUUCCCGAUUGCAGUGAAAGUUUCGAUUUGCACAAAAAGCAAAUUCAAAUCAAUUCUACAGCAAUAGAAAAUAACACACCUAAGAAAUUCACAAAAUAAAUUUUUAAAAAUAAAGUGCAAAAAUUUACAACAGCAAAAAUUUGCAAAGAAAAGAAAAUUGUGUUCAAGUAAUAGUCGGAGCGCUCUGCGCAGUCUCCAAGCAAAGUUAACUUUUCGAUUUCGGAUUUCGAUUUGGAAUUAACUGUGUCUCGAAGCGUGUGUCUCGCUGUGUGUGUGGAGUAGCGCGCGGCCGGUGACAGAAUGUAUUAAAUUCGGAUUCGAUUGCAAGAAAGUUAUGCAAAAAUGAGAAUAUUUUUGCCACUAGUCACGUGGAUAGUGCUACUUUCGAGUACAGUACAUUCACAAAUCAAAACGAUACGAUCGGACCAAGCGCAUUUGAAAAAUAGCCGUUUUGGUGGCGAAGUAUUUUUCCUAAAUCUUGAAGAUGGCUAUUUCGGCUGUCAAGUUAAUGAGUCUACAGAUUAUUUACAAUUAUACGAAUUAUCGAAAUUAUGCGACGGCAGGCGAGAUUGUUUUCUCGGUGCCGAUGAGCUGAGAGAGGAGCUCAAAUGCACAAAUGACUGUGAUAAGGAAGGCACUCAGUGCACGAAUGGUGUUUGCCUAAAUGGCGUUUGCCAUUGUAACGACGGUUUUGGCGGUUGCAAUUGCAGUGAGCGAGAUGAAAACGAGUGCAAAUAUCGUCCAUGCGAUGUGUUUGCGCACUGCAUCAACACGCUUGGCAGCUUCACGUGUACCUGCUUUCCCGGCUAUCACGGCAAUGGGCUUCACUGCGAAGAUAUCGACGAAUGCCAAGAUCCUACGAUAAGAGCGCGUUGCGUCGAGAACGCCGAGUGCUGCAAUCUGCCAGCACACUAUCUCUGCAAAUGCAGGGAUGGCUAUGAGGGCGACGGCGAGGUGCUGUGCACAGACCUCAACGAGUGCCAAAGUCCCACUGCCUGCGGUACUGGUGCGCAAUGCAUCAAUACGCCCGGCAAUUACACCUGCGCAUGUCCCGAAGGCUACCAUGGCGAUCCAUAUUAUAGCUGUACGGACAUCGACGAGUGCACACAUCCGAAUGCCUGCGGUCCAGGUGCCAUCUGUACGAACCUCGAGGGCGGUUAUCGCUGCGACUGCCCAGAAGGUUACGACGGUGAUGCGCGCUCGGCGAACGGCUGUGCCGACUAUGAUGAGUGUGCACGUUCGCCAUGUGGACGUAAUGCGCAGUGUCUGAAUAACGACGGUAGCUUCAAGUGUAUCUGCCCCGAUGGCUAUGCGGGUGAUCCCAGUCAAGGUUGUGAAGAUAUCAACGAGUGCCAGGACAAUCCUUGUGGCGAGAAUGCGAUUUGCACCGACACCGUCGGCAGCUUUGUCUGCACCUGUAAAACAGACUACACCGGUGAUCCCUUCCGUGGCUGCACGGACAUCGAUGAGUGCACCGCACUGGAGAAACCUUGCGGCACCCAUGCUAUAUGCGAAAAUGCCGUACCCGGCUACAAUUGUAAGUGUCCACAGGGCUUCGAUGGAAAACCAGACCCGAAAGUGGCCUGCGAGCAGGUCGAUGUGAAUAUACUUUGUCGCAGCAGUUUCGAUUGCACCAACAAUGCGGAAUGCAUUGAGAAUCAAUGUUUCUGUUUGGAUGGCUUCGAACCGAUUGGCUCCAGUUGUGUUGACAUCGAUGAAUGUCGCACGCAUGCGGACGCCUGUGGCGUGCACGCACAAUGUAUAAAUACGCCCGGCUCGUUCCGUUGCGAUUGUGAGGCUGGCUUUGUUGGCACACCACCGCGUAUAGCUUGUAAGGAACCAUGUGAGGAUGUGCACUGUGGUGAACAUGCUUACUGCAAACCGGAUGGCAAUGAGGCUUAUUGUAUUUGCGAAGACGGUUGGACUUUCAAUCCCAGUGACAUCUCAGCCGGUUGUGUGGAUAUUGACGAGUGUGAUGCGGUACAUGGUCCCUUUGGCAGUUGUGGUGUUAAUGCGACGUGCACGAACACGUUGGGUAGCUUUAGUUGCGCGUGUCCAUCUGGCUUUUCCGGCGAUCCGCAUGCCAAAUGCGUCGACGUGGAUGAAUGUCAUGUGGGCAAUAAGUGUGGUGAAGGUGCGGAAUGUGUUAAUAUGAAUGGCGGUUAUACCUGCCGUUGUCCCGCCGAUUCGAUCGCCGAUCCAGAUCCCACGGUGCGUUGCGUGCCGAUUGUUACGUGCGUCUCGAACAACGACUGUCCUGGUAAUGCAAUUUGUGAUGCGGAAAAGCGUUGUCUAUGCCCACAGCCAAAUAUCGGCAACGAUUGUCGUCAUCCUUGUGAAGCGGUUAAUUGCGGCACACAUGCACAGUGCAUGUUGGCCAAUGGCCAAGCGCAAUGCUUGUGUAUCGAAGGUUAUACGGGCAGCCCCAAUACGCCCGGCGGUUGUAAUGACAUCGACGAAUGUAAGACGAGCCCAUGCCAAGCGAAUGCAAUUUGUACGAACACAGCUGGUGGUUAUCUCUGCCAGUGUCCAAGUGGAUCCAACGGUGAUCCAUACCGUGAGGGCUGCACCGCAGGAAAAAUCGCAUUCACUUGUUCCGACUCAAAUCCCUGCCGGCCGGGUGAAACCUGCGUCACAGACUCAUAUACCGGUAGUGGUGUGUGUAUUUGUCGACAAGGCUACGAACGCAAUACAGAGUCGGGUCUUUGUCAGGAUGUGGAUGAGUGUUCACCGAGUCGCCAGAAGGCGGCUUGUGGACUUAAUGCGCUUUGUAAAAAUCUACCCGGCAGUUAUGAAUGUAAGUGCCCACAAGGAUUUAGCGGCAAUCCCUUUGUUAUGUGCGAGCAAUGCAAGUCACCGGAAUGUCAAUGCCAGCCACCAUACAAGCUGGUCGGCAACAGCUGCAUACUCGCCGAUUGCUCAAAGGAUAAAAAAUGUCCUAACGGUGCUGAAUGUAUUUCAAUCGCUGGUGGCGUUAGCUACUGUGCCUGCCCGAAAGGCUAUAAGACCGGACCCGAUGGUUCGUGCGUUGAUGUGAAUGAAUGUGUGGAACGUGACUCGCAAGUGUGCGCUUUUGGCGCUGAAUGUAUUAAUAUACCCGGCAGUUUCACGUGUGCAUGCCCUGAGGGCUAUAACGGGGAUCCUUACCAUGGACUCUGUGCACCAGCGCAACGUAAAUGUGCUGCCGAUAAGGAAUGUAGCACGAAUGAGAAAUGUGUACAACCUGGCGAAUGUGUCUGUCCACCACCAUUCUUCUUGGAUCCCUACGACAACAACAAAUGUAAGAGUCCUUGCGAACGAUUUCCUUGUGGCAUCAAUGCCAAGUGCACACCAACAGAUCCACCACAAUGUAUGUGUGAACCAGGAUUCAAAGGUGACCCGCUUAUGGGUUGUACCGAUGAGGAUGAGUGUGCGCACUUGCCUUGCGCUUAUGGCGCUUACUGUGUUAAUAAGAAAGGCGGUUAUCAGUGUGUUUGCCCAAAAGGUUUCACAGGUGAUCCAUAUAAGAGCGGUUGUAUUCUGGAAACCGGCGUGCCGAAGAGUAAGUGCACUGCUAACGAAGACUGUGCAAGCAAUUUGGCUUGUGUGGAAGGAACUUGUGUGUCGCCAUGCUCCAGCUUACUAUGCGGACCCAAUGCCUUCUGUGAGACUGAAAACCAUGCCGGCUGGUGUCGUUGCCGCGUCGGUUAUAGCAAAGAUCAAAACGGUGAUUGUGUAUCACAAUGUAAGGAUAUUAUUUGUGGUGAAGGCGCUCUCUGUAUACCAACGGCAGAGGGACCAACUUGUAAAUGUCCACAAGGUUCCUUCGGUAAUCCAUUCCCAGGUGGCUCCUGCUCGACGGAUCAAUGUAGUGCCUCACGUCCAUGCGCUGAGCGUCAAGUUUGUAUCAAUGGCCGCUGUAAGGAACGCUGUGACGGCGUGGUAUGUGGCAUUGGUGCCACUUGUGACAGGAAUAGUGGCAAAUGUGUUUGUGAACCCAAUUUCUUCGGUAACCCAGAUCUCGUGUGUGUUCCACCUGUUAAAUAUGCUGAAUGUGAGCCAAAGUGCGGUGAAAAUGCGCACUGUGAGUAUGGUUUUGGCAAUAGUGUAUGCGCUUGCAACCCUGGCACGACGGGCAACCCCUACGAAGGUUGUGGUCCACAAAACAAGAAUAUUUGUGCACCCAAUAGCUGCGGUACGAAUGCUGAAUGUCGCGCUGAUGGCCAACAAAUCAGUUGUAUCUGCCCGCAAGGGUUCACUGGUAAUGCCUACGUGGGCUGCCAAGAUGUGGAUGAGUGUGUAAACAAACCUUGUGGUCUGAAUGCGGCCUGCCUCAAUACACACGGCGGUUUCGAGUGUCUCUGCCUUUCUGGAUUCGCUGGUGAUCCAUUCAGCAGUUGCCAACCUGUCGAUACUGUUUUCUGUAAUGAUGCUGAUAGAUGCGAAUGUAACGCACGCGUCGAAUGCCCUGAUGGCUACACUUGUGAGAGCGGUAAGUGCAAGAAUCUGUGCUCAAAGACCGCUUGCGGCCCAAGAGCUGCCUGCGAUGGCGGUAAGUGUAUUUGUCCACUCGGUUAUAUCGGUGAUCCAUACGACACCACUAAUGGGUGCACCAUCCGUGGUCAAUGUAAUAACGAUGCAGAUUGUAAGCACUCGGAAAUUUGUUUCCAAUUGGGCAAAGGUUUGCGCAAAUGUGUUGAUGCCUGCUCAAAGAUUCAGUGCGGUCCGAAUGCGCUUUGCGUGUCAAACGAUCAUCGUUCGUCUUGUAUUUGUACUGAUGGUUAUUUCGGCAAUCCAAGCAAUCUACAGGUGGGUUGCCAACCCGAACGAAAAGUUCCAGAUGAAGAGGAUAAAUGCAAAUCGGAUAGCGACUGUGAAGCGGGCUACUCGUGUACACCUGACAUGCACGGCACCAAAGAAUGUAUCAACCGUUGCUCGAAGGUCGUUUGUGGCACGAAUGAAGUGUGCCACAUUGAUGCGAAUGGACAUGCGCUAUGCAACUGUGCAGAUAGCUUUGUUUGGAAUCCCGUCACUUCAUCUUGUGAAAAGCCUUCACUGCCUGACUGUACUAGUGAUACAGACUGCCCAGCUGCUUCUGCCUGUAGACCCGACGUAGUCGGUGUACUCAAGUGUGUCUCAAUCUGCGAUGAAUUUACAUGUCCGGCCAAUUCGGUUUGUCUAGCGCUUAAUCACCAAGGCCGUUGUGAUUGUCUGACCGGCUACGUUGGCAAUCCAAACGAUCGAAAUGGCUGCCAGCCUGUGACGAAGAAUCAAUGUCGCACCAAUGCAGAAUGCGCCGAAUCAGAAGCAUGUGUAAAAUAUGGACCCACUGACAGUCUCACUUGCCGACCAGCUUGUGAAAGUGUUAAAUGUGGUCCACGUGCCGUAUGCAUCACUAAUAAUCACAUCGCUCAAUGCCAAUGUCCACCAGGACCAUAUGCUGGCGAUCCAAAUGAUCCAUUCAAUGGCUGCCAGAGCGUACCUUGUGUCUACAAUCAUGACUGUCCACCGACCAAAAUGUGCAACCGUAUGACACAUACCUGCUACGAUGUCUGCGAUGAAGAAUCCUGUGGAGAGAACGCCAUAUGUAUUGCUGAAGAUCAUCGUGCCGUAUGUCAAUGUCCACCAGGCUUUAAAGGAAAUCCCAUGCCUGAAGUGGAGUGCACAAAAGUCAGCGGCUGUCAGCCCGGCACAUGUCAUCAUUCCGCCAUUUGUGAGGUCACACCAACUGGACCAAUGUGCCGCUGCCCGGAAAAUUUCAUUGGUGAACCCGAAACAACCGGCUGUCGUCCCGUUGGCCAAUGUCCAAAUGGCGAUGCCGAUUGUCCAGCGAAUACCAUUUGCGCUAGCGGUCGUUGCAUUGAUCCCUGUGAGAACGCUUGCGGUCAGAACUCCGAAUGUAAGGUGGUUAAUCGCAAACCAGUUUGCAGUUGCCCAUUGAAAUUCCAGCAAAACGGUGAGUCACCUAAAGAGGGAUGUGUACGUUCAGUGUCCAGAUGUAGAUCCGACAUUGAUUGCGGCGGUGAUAUUUGCUAUAAUGGACAAUGUCGAGUAGCUUGCCGCAAUGCAGACGAUUGUUCAGUAGGUGAAAAAUGUUUGAGCAAUAUUUGUGUAAUACCCUGCUUGGACCAUAGUCAGUGUACAUCAGGUUUAGCCUGCUUGGAAGGCCUUUGCGUUCUUGGCUGUCGCAGUAAUAGGGAUUGUCCAUCAGAUCAAUCAUGUAUCAACAAUAAAUGUGCUGAUCCCUGCAAAACGGGCGGUAUAUGCGGUCCCAAUGCGCUGUGCAGCAUCGAUAAACACCUCAGCCAGUGCACUUGCCCCGAAGGAUUCGAAGGUAAUCCCACACCCGAUCAAGGUUGUGUACGUGUACCGGCACCAUGCUUGGCUACCAAUCAGUGCCCAAGCAGUCAUAUGUGUAUCGGCAAUCAAUGUAAUUUGCCAUGUCAAAAGGCAUCGGCUUGCGCAAUCGGCGAACGCUGCUACCAGAAUGUUUGUCGCAAAGUUUGCUACACGAGCAACAACUGUUUGCCUGGUGAAAUUUGUAAUAAUGCCGGCACAUGCCAACCUGGCUGUGACUCCGAUGCUGAUUGUCCACCUACUGAACUAUGUCUCAGCGGUAAAUGCAAAUGUGCUGCCGGUUUUAUUGGCACACCAUUCGGUUGUUCAGACAUCGAUGAAUGUACUGAGGAGCCUUGUCAUCCCACUGCACGUUGCGAGAACUUACCUGGUUCCUAUCGCUGUAUUUGCCCUGAAGGCACAGUCGGCGAUGGUCUAACUCAACAAGGCUGUAUAAAACCAAAGGAAUGUUAUAAGGAUGACGAUUGCGCGAACAAUCUUGCCUGCAUUAAUGAUAAGUGCACAGAGCCCUGCACCAAUACUACUUGUGGACCGAAUGCGCUUUGCAAUGCAGAAAACCAUCAAGCUUCUUGUUAUUGCCCACCCGGACAUUUGGGUGAUCCCAGCGAACAUACAGUCGGCUGCUUCAAGGUCGAAUGUAUCGUAAAUGAGGACUGUGUCAGUGAUAAGGCUUGCGAUGAUGAAACGAAUCGUUGCAUGAAACCUUGCGAUCUUAUUUCAUGCGGUAAAGGCAGUUGUAGUGUUGCAAAUCAUCAAGCCUUAUGUACUUGCUACGAAGGUUACCAGCUUGUAAACAACAACUGCGAAGAUAUCAACGAAUGUCUCUCUCAACCCUGCCAUAGCACAGCUUUCUGCGAAAAUCAACCUGGCACAUUCCAGUGCCAAUGUCCGGAAGGACUGAUAGGCGACCCAAUUAAUGUGGGUUGUCGUGAUCCCAACGAAUGUCUCACCGACUCAGAUUGUCCUUCAAGCGCAAGUUGCCAAAAUGCACGCUGCCGUAGCCCGUGUGAACGCGAGAAUGUCUGCGGCCGUAAUGCCACAUGUUUGGCGCAAUCACACAAUGCCAUUUGCACUUGUCCACCCAAUUCACGUGGUGAUCCAUCCAUUGAAUGCGUCUACAUCGAGUGCUCGGAGAACGAGGACUGUGCCAAUGAGAAAGCCUGCAUGGACUCCAAAUGUAUUGAUUGCUGCUCUCUGCCGAAUGUUUGUGGCACUAAUGCACGUUGCACUGCUCAGAACCAUAUCGGUGUUUGUACCUGUGAAAGCGGCACAACAGGCGAUGCACAACUCGGCUGCGUCGCGCUACAAUAUUGCAACACAGACAGUCAGUGUGCUUCAGGCACAAUAUGUACCAAUGGCAUCUGCGCUUCACUCUGUACUUCCGUGCGUGAUUGCAUCUCGGAUCAAUUGUGCAUACAAGGCGUUUGUCAGCCCACAUGCCGUUCGAACUCUUCAUGCCCCGAAUUCCAGUAUUGUCACAAUAGCAUUUGCACCAAGGAGGUGCUUUGCCGCAACGACGAUGACUGUGAUGUGAAUGAGAACUGUAUACAAGAUACCUAUGGACGCGCUUCGUGCGAGAAUGUUUGUCUGGGUCGCGCUAUUUGCGGACGCAAUGCUGAGUGUACAGCACGUAGCCACACGCCCGAUUGCGAAUGCAAGGAAGGAUUCUUCGGUGAUCCGAAGAGUGGUUGUCGAAAGAUAGAAUGUUCUACGGACGCCGAGUGCUCCAACGAUAAGACAUGCGAUGACCAUAUGUGUAAGAUAGCUUGCCUCAUCGGAGAACCGUGUGGUGAGAAUGCGCUAUGCACUACAGAAAACCAUAAACAGGUCUGUCACUGUCAGCCUGGUUUUACCGGUGAUCCGCGCUUACGUUGUGACGUUGUCGACUUUUGUAAGGAUGCGCCAUGCGGUCCGGGUGCACGUUGCCGUAAUUCGCGUGGUUCAUUUAAAUGUACUUGUCCUCCCGGUUUGGUUGGUGAUCCCUACAAUGAAGGUUGUCGCACCGCGGUGGAGUGUGAAAUUAGCGAAGAUUGUCCCCCGCAUGCUGAAUGCACCAAAAUUAACGGUAUAUCCAAAUGUCAAGAUGUUUGUGCGAAUGUUAAAUGUGGCACGAAUGCCGAAUGUAUACCUAAGGGUCAUCAAGCUCAUUGUGCAUGCCGUAAUGGUUACGACGGUAAUCCCGCUGAUCGGAUUGCCGGCUGUAAGCCACUACCCGUACCAUGUCAAAUGACCAGCGACUGCCCGACCAAUACCUACUGUUCGGAUAGUAUUUGUAAACCUGCCUGCAUACUCGACACCGAAUGUGGCGCUACGGAAGUAUGUCAAGGUGGUCAAUGCGUGAAUCCCUGCCUGCAGGCACAAGCUUGCGGCAUGAAUGCUGAAUGCCACAUACAGACUCACUACAAACAAUGCACCUGUCCAGCUGGUUUCACCGGCAAUCCGGAGGUGGAAUGUGUGCGUAUACCAGUGGCCUGCAAUAGUGAUGUGGAAUGCCACGAAGGCUAUAACUGUCGCGACUCAAUGUGCCAGCCCGCUUGUCAUAGCGACCAAGAUUGUGCCUUGAAUGAGAAGUGUCUACGCGGUAGCUGUAUGCUAACCUGUCGCGUGGACAACGAUUGCUUCCUUGGACAUGUUUGUUUACAUAAUAAAUGCGUUUAUGGUUGUCGUACCGACGAUGAUUGUAGCGCAUCAGAGUCCUGUCGUCACGAUAAGUGCACCAAUCCCUGCCUGGAUAAUCCUUGUGGUCCCAACGCUGCCUGCUCCGUAUCGAAUCAUCGUGCUAUUUGUAGCUGUCUGAAUGGCAUGGUACCGAAUCCAACACCACAAGUCGGCUGUGUACGCAGUCCACCGCUCGAUUGUAAUGAGAAUCGUGACUGUCCCAAUAGUUUGGCUUGCUUUGAGUUUGCCUGCCGACCGCUGUGUGCUGAUAACGCUGGUUGUCUUACCAAUGAACGCUGUCAAGGUGGUGUCUGCAAGCCGCUUUGUCGACGUGACGACGAUUGCCGCGGCAGCGAAGUUUGUUUGGGACUAAGCUGCGUAGCUGGUUGCCGCUCGGAUCAGGGCUGCCCACACGAUCUAUCAUGUGUCAAUCAACAGUGUAUUAAUCCAUGCGCCGAACCCGCUGUAUGUGGCACAAAUGCUGAAUGUUUGGUUAUUGAUCAUCGCAAGCAAUGCACAUGCCCACAAGGGCUUACCGGCAAUGCCGAAGUAUCAUGUAAAGCGCCGCGUACCGCUUGUGCGCGCAACGAGGACUGCGAUGGAAAUCAACUCUGUUACGGUGGCAGCUGUCAAGGUAAAUGCCGCAAUGAUCAAAACUGCUUGGCCGAUGAGCGUUGCAUGCGCGGUACUUGUCGCACCGUUUGCAACACAGAUUCAGCUUGCGCACAAGGACAGAUUUGUGAAAAUCGCGUUUGUCAAAUUGGUUGUCGCAAUGAUCUCACCUGCCCCAGCAGUGAAGCGUGCGUCAACAAAAAGUGCAAGAAUCCCUGCGAGACACCUGGUCAAUGUGGUCAGUGCGCCAACUGCUUGGUGGUCAACCAUGGUGUGCAGUGUAGUUGUCCGAAUGGUUUUCUUGGCGAUGGACUUAGCGGCUGUCAACAGCCACCACAACGCUGCAACUCCAACUGUCAGUGUGACGAAACGAAUACCUACUGCGCCGAUGCCUGUGCGCGCACCGAAGAGUGCGCCUGUGGUCAGGUGUGCACGCGUGGAAAAUGUCGCCAAAAGUGUGGCGCCGGACGUAAUUGUCCACUUGGUCAACUCUGCGAACGCGGCACUUGUCUUGCUGGCUGCAAGGCCAGCUCCGAUUGUCCUACCGAUCAAAGCUGCAUCAAAGGUAAAUGCGCCGAUCCGUGCGCAGAUAAGUCUGCUUGCGGCCGUAAUGCACUCUGCACUGUCUCCGAUCAUCGCAUGCUUUGUUACUGUCCUGAUGGCUACGAAGGUGAGCCCAGCACGGAGUGCGUACAAUUUGAAUGUGCUCAGGAUAACGACUGUGAACCGAAUAAACGUUGUGAUGCGGGUAAAUGUCGCAACCCUUGCUUGGAAUAUGGCGCGUGUGGUGUUAAUGCGCAAUGCCGUGUUGUGGAUCGCAAGCCACAAUGCUCAUGCCCACCCGAUUACUUUGGCACACCCGAAACCGAGUGUCGUCCAGUAGAUGGCGGUUGCGCGAAUCAUCCGUGUGGUGCUAAUUCCAAAUGUACUGAAGUGCCUGGCGGUUAUGAGUGCGCCUGCAUGGACGGCUGCAUGGGUGAUGCUCACAAAGGUUGCGUCUGCGAAGGACAUCUCGUGAAUGCGUGCGCUGAACAACCAUGUGGACAAAAUGCAGCUUGCCGCGUCUUGGACCAUAAUGAAGCGCAAUGUUAUUGCCCCGCGGAAUUCCCCUACGGCGAUGCUUAUGUAGAAUGUUACUUAACACCACCACAAGAGGACUGUCGCACACAAGGUUGCAUUACGGGCGAAUGUGUGCGCCAAGGCGUCGACUACCUGUGCCGGCACGACACCGAACAAUGCACAUCAGACGUCGAAUGUCCCAGUGAGAAAUCAUGCCUGCAAGGACACUGCAUUGAUCCUUGUUCGGUGCGUGGCGUUUGUGGUGCAAAUGCGCUUUGCAAAAGCGUACUACACCGACCGCGUUGCUCUUGCCCCAGUUGCUAUAUCGGACGACCCGAAGUCGAAUGCAAGCCGGAUCCCAAAUGCACCGACGGCACAACGCUGCAACCGCGUGACCCACAACAGCAAAUACCUUGCGCACAGGACAACGAUUGUCCCGACAAUCUGCAGUGCAGUCACUAUGGCCAGUGCACCGAUCCAUGUCAGAAUCCGCUAUUCAUAUGCGGCGGCAGUAAGAAGUGUGAGACACGCCGUCAUCAACCGGUAUGCGUGUGCAAAUCCGGCUUCAUUGUGAAUGAAUAUGGUGAAUUGACGUGCGCACCCGAGAAGCGUGAAUGCUAUCGCGAUGAUGAUUGUGCCUCGAAUAUGGCUUGUAGUGAGGGCAAAUGUCGCAGUCCAUGCGUUGUGCCCGUGGGUCGUCAACCAAUUUGUGCGGAGAAUAAAUCCUGUGAGGUGCAGGAUCACAAGCCAGUUUGUAUUUGUAUGAAGGAUUGUCAGCCGUCGAUAUCGAUUUGUCUACGCGAUGCGGGCUGUCCGUCAGGUUUGGCGUGCCGCUCGUAUCAGUGCGUCAAUCCGUGCGACUUUGCAACGUGCGCACCCAACUCGCCAUGCAUCGUCGAGGAUCAUAAGCCGAUAUGUAAAUUCUGCCCGCCCGGAUUUAUAGCCGAUGCCAAGAAUGGAUGUCAAAAAGAAAUCGGCUGCGCUUCGAGCGAUGAAUGCCCAACACAACGCGCCUGCAUUAAUAGUGUGUGCUUGGAUCCCUGCUCGUCUACCAAUCCAUGUGGACGUGAUCAGGAGUGCCAGGUGAUUGAACAUCAACCGGUUUGUUCGAAAGUCUGCGAAUGUCAACGAAAGGCCGAUUGUCAUGCCGGUUUCGAAUGCGAUGGCUGCCACUGUCGUCAAACAACUGGCCGCACACCUGGCUGUGAGCACUGCCCGCCAGGCACCAACUGUGAUCCCACAACUGGCGCCUGCAUCAAAGCUAACGUUACAAUAACAACCACCACUACCAAUAUAACAACUACCAUCACCACAUCUAACCCAAUCACUGAUGUUACAACCGACAUCAACGACACCACUCAAACUGGCACAACCACGAGCACUUACACCCCCUCCAUCACUACCACUACGCCGUCCGGCACCGCAACCACACCCACAACAACCAACGCCUACGAUGAAGACACUACCACAGUGCCAGUCACCAGUAGCGCUACUGAAAAGCCCAUGUCCAGCACUACCGAGUCGACAAAAGAGCAGGAGGACAUGAAUACGACGGCAAGCAAAACUGGUCCACCAAAAGGUUAUCGCGAUGGUGAGAAUAAUAUAACCGCCAGCACCAUGCCAGAGCAGGCAACCACGCCUGCGGUUCAGGUGUCCGUCUCCACAGCCACAUCGUCUACAUCGAGCAGUAGUAGUAGCAGCAGCUCGCGACGCGGUGAGGACACUAAGGGUCCGUUUGAUACGCGUACAACAACACCGAAAAUGAAAACUACACGCAUCGAUACAUCAAAUGAAUUUGAUUAUAAUUUUACAACACUAUUGACAACAACACAACGUACCACCUUCCCGGUGACAAUGGUGACCGAGCCUAUGAAAGAGUUAGACCAAACCACCACAAUGGGUGUACGUGAUUUUGUGACAACAAUGUUUCCGGUGAUAACACCACUAGCAACGAAACAAACGACAGAACGUCCAACUAUUGCCGGUACAACAACACCGUUUGUUUAUGAGACAAUCGAACCGAUUACAACAAUGUCGACUACGGCGCAAACGGAGGCUGCCAUAACAACAACAAUAACGUCAUCGGCAGCAACUACCACCGAACCUGGCACCACUAAUAAAUACUUAACAACCGAAACUGCUACAACAGCAGCAACAACCCCAACAAGCACAUCUACUGAUAUCACAAUGAUUAACAUUUGUACAGAUCAUACUAACUGUGGUUCUAGUCAAUUAUGCGUGCUGGGCAUGUGUCGCAACAAGUGUCGCGAUGGGGACACAAGCGAUACGGAGUGUGCAAAAGAAUCACCCGGCUCACCAAAGAAUCCGGAACCAUGUCAGUCGAACAAUGAUUGCAUUGAGAACGAAGCAUGUUACAUGGGUCUAUGUCAUAAUCCUUGCGAAUUUGCAAAUGUUUGUGCGCCCACUGCUAAGUGUGUGGCGAAAAUGCAUCGGCCGAUAUGUUCGUGCCCCAAGGGGCAUGAAGGUAAUCCGACUAUUAAAUGCUCGCCCGUGGAUAGGACAACUGAGUGUACGCGAAAUUCCGAUUGUGAUAUUACGGAGGCUUGCAUCAAUCGACGCUGUCAGCAUCCUUGUGAUGCGCAUAAUCCUUGCGCGCAAAAUGCGGUCUGUAUGAAUGCAAAUCACGUGGCCGACUGCAGCUGUGUGGAUGGCUAUCAAGGCAACGGUUUUAUAGGCUGUCAGCCAGCUCUCGACCAUACGCCUGUCUGUCAAUACAAUGAGGACUGCCCGCCAACGAAACUCUGCGAUCGUCUAAAUCGUCGUUGCAUCAAUCCUUGCUUCGAAGACUCGUGCGGUGAGAAUGCCGAGUGCAUACCUGUCAAUCAUGGCAUUGAAUGUCGCUGUCUGGCCGGCUUCGUCGGUAAUGCUUACAUCGAAUGCUCGCAGCUGCAAGGCUGUCGUGCGGAUCGCGAAUGUGACGCUAGUCAGGCGUGCAUUAAUGGUAAAUGUGCUUCGCCGUGUCGCUGUGGCGCCAAUGCGCUUUGUGACGUUGUCAAUCAUCGCGGUGUCUGCAAAUGUCCACCAGGUUAUGCCGGUCGACCAGAAGUUGCUUGCAAUCCACCAACUAAUCCAUGUGAGCCAAAUCCGUGUGGCGUCAACGCGCUAUGUGAGCUGGAUAAUGGCAAUCCUAUUUGUUAUUGCCCAAAAGGACUCACUGGUAAUCCCUUCAAGAAUUGCAUUCCCGAAGGCGAUGAGUGUCGACCGAAUCCUUGCGGCCCCAAUUCUGGUUGUCGCAUGGUGAACGAUGCACCAACUUGCUUCUGUUUACCCGAAUAUGAAGGUCAGCCGCCGCUAGUGCCAUGCGAGGUGCCAAAGAGCCCUUGUGAUCCAUCACCUUGUGGCCCGAAUACACAAUGCGCUGUGCUCAGCAACGGUUUCUCAAAAUGUACUUGCUUACCAGGUUAUGUCGAAAGUCCCAAUACGAUACGCGGUUGUAUCGAACCUGUAAAUCCAUGUGAUCCCAGCCCUUGCGGUGCUGGUGCAGUUUGUGAUUCCUCACGUACACCAGUUUGUUUCUGCCCAGAUGGCAAGAUUGGCAAUCCAUUUAAGGCUUGUGAAAAACCACCAGUAUCCGAUGAGCUAUGCACACCAGGUCCAUGUGGCCGUAAUGCUGAUUGUUAUGUUACUGGCAAUCGUGAGGAAUGUUAUUGUCGUUCAGGUUAUAUUGGUGAUCCUUAUCAAGGUUGCCGCGAACCACCACGUAGCGCUUGUGAGCCUAAUCCUUGUGGUCCAAAUGCUGAAUGUGUUGUUGCUGGCGAUGGUCAAAGCGCAUGCAUCUGUCCUGACGGUUUAUCUGGAGAUCCUACAUCAACUAAAGGCUGCCAUGGUUACGAAUGUCAAGUGGAUGCCGAUUGCCCAUACGAUAGAGCCUGUAUGGGCUUCAAGUGUUACGAUCCUUGUCCAGGUGCUUGCGGUCAAGGAGCAAAUUGCCGCGUGCAAGAACAUCAUCCCGUUUGCUCUUGCAAUGCUGGACUCACUGGUAAUCCAGGUAUACGUUGUUACGCACUAGAUAUACCGAAGACACCAAGCCGUAAUCCCUGUUUGCCUAGUCCUUGUGGCAUAAAUAGUGAAUGCAAGCUAUUAAAUCAUCGUGCUGUAUGCUCUUGCUUGCCGGGUUAUUUAGGCGAUCCACAGAGUGGCUGUCGCGCAGAGUGUGACAUCAAUUCUGACUGCGGCACAGCACAGGCUUGUAUCAACCACAAAUGUAUCGACCCAUGUGCCGGCACAGUGUGUGGCAUUAAUGCCAUUUGCAGAGUACAACAACAUACACCACUCUGUGCCUGCCUUGAUGGUUUCACCGGUGAUGCUUUCCGUCAAUGUAUACCCGUUGGAGUGCUUAAAAAUAUAACACGGGAUCCAUGUGCGCCAUCCCCCUGUGGACCACAUGAUGUCUGCUCCAUUUAUGGUGAUGGUGUAGCAUUGUGCGACCCAUGCUUUGGACCAAAUGCUCAAACAAAUCCACGUUGCCGACCUGAAUGUGUCUCUAACUCAGACUGUCCAUUCGAUCGCGCUUGUCUAGGUCAACGCUGCUUGGAUCCAUGUCCAGGCUCAUGCGGACACAAUGCUGUAUGUAAUGUCUAUGAACACAAUCCCAUCUGUAGUUGCCCACCUGGCUUAUAUGGCAAUCCAUAUGAGCACUGUUCACCCCCAUCACCGUUCGUACCAGCACCAUCGCCGAGCUGCGAAAAACUACACUGUGGCGCUAACGCUGAAUGUAAGAAACGCAAUGGUGCAUUAACAUGUAUCUGUCGUACGGGCUACUUUGGUGAUCCUUUCAUUGGUUGCCGUCCAGAAUGUGUGCUUAACUCAGAUUGUCCUGCUGAUAAAUCCUGCGUCAACUCGAAAUGUGUAGACUCAUGUGUAGGCGUAUGUGGUAUUAACGCUAUGUGCCGCAUUGUAAACCAUGCUCCUGUAUGUCUGUGUGUCGAAGGUUACACUGGUGACGCUGCUGUUCAAUGCAAUCCAUACUACUUGCCACCAGAAAGACCAGCAGACAGACCACGUAAUCCAUGUGAACCAUCACCAUGUGGUCCCAACUCGCGUUGCUUGACCUCACCUGACGGUUAUGCGGCCUGCUCAUGUCUGCCGAACUUUAAGGGUUCACCGCCAGUCUGUCAACCAGAAUGUGUUGUAAGCUCGGAGUGUCCAUUAAACAAAGCUUGUAUUAAUCAACGCUGCGCUGAUCCUUGUCCUGGCACAUGCGGUGUAGAAGCACGUUGCGAAGUCCUAAACCACAACCCAAUUUGCUCGUGCGAGCCCGGCUUUGAAGGCGAUCCAUUUGUGUCAUGCAGUCGUAUACCAGAAGAACGUACAGACACUGAACGCAAACCUGAAAAUCCAUGUGUACCUUCGCCAUGCGGACCAAAUUCCAUCUGCCAAAUAAAACAAGGACGUCCAGUGUGUUCAUGUGUUGCCAAUUAUAUUGGCAGUCCGCCAUAUUGUCGUCCAGAAUGUACCCUAAAUACUGAAUGUCCAGCCGACAAGGCGUGUAUACAGGAGAAAUGUCAAAACCCAUGUGCGAACACAUGUGGACACAAUGCACGUUGCACGGUGAUAGCACAUGCGGCACACUGUAGCUGCGAUCAAGGUUAUGAGGGAGACGCCUUCGUCGGUUGUUCUAAAAUCGAUGAAAAACCAAAAGACCGCAUCGAUCCCUGCUAUCCAAGCCCCUGUGGGGAGAAUGCGUUGUGUAGCGAACGUAAUGGUGAAGCUCGUUGUAGCUGUAUUGAACCGUAUAUUGGUGAUCCCUACACUACUGGUUGUCGUCCUGAAUGCGUUUAUAAUGCCGAGUGUCCAUCAUCUUUGGCCUGUAUCAAACAACAUUGUCGCGAUCCCUGCGUUGGCACCUGUGGCUCAAAUGCCGAAUGUGCUGUGGUCAACCAUAUACCGGCAUGUAGUUGUGUACGUGGUUACGAAGGUGAUCCGUUUACCGGUUGUAAGCGUGAAGAUUACCCAAUUGGACCACUUAGCCCAUGUGAACCGACACCUUGCGGUGCCAACAGUAUUUGUCGCGUGGUUGAUGGUCGUCCAACCUGCUCUUGUCAAGUAGGUUACUUCGGUGCACCACCCAACUGUCGUCCAGAAUGUGUUGUCAGCUCAGAGUGUUCACAAAAUUUGGCUUGUAUCAAUCAAAAGUGCGUAGAUCCUUGUAUUGGUACGUGUGGCUUCAAUGCCAAAUGCCAAGUAGUCAAUCACAAUCCCAUAUGCUCAUGUUCAGUCGACUAUAUGGGUGAUCCGUUCGAACAAUGUACACCGAAACCUCGCGAACCACCACCAAAGGUUAAUCCAUGUUUACCCAGCCCUUGCGGUCCUAAUGCCGAGUGUCGGGAAGUCGAUAAUCGUGCUGCUUGUAGUUGCUCGCCGGGUAUGUUUGGUGCACCGCCCAAUUGUCGUCCGGAAUGUGUUAUUCAUCAAGAUUGUCCAUCAAAUCGCGCUUGCAUACGUCAACGUUGUGAGGAUCCUUGUGCUGGCGCUUGCGGUUUUAAUGCACUUUGCACAGCACAAAAUCACAAGCCUGUAUGUUCGUGUCUCGAGGGUUACGAAGGUGACCCGUAUGCUGGUUGCAAUACACCGCAAAUCGUAGUGCCUGAUAUACCCGCCGAUCCAUGCAAUCCAUCGCCUUGCGGCUCAAACGCCAUUUGCCGAAAUCGCAAUGGUGCUGGUUCAUGUACCUGCAUUCAAGAUUACUUCGGUGAUCCGUAUAUAAAUUGUAGACCCGAGUGUGUACAGAAUAGCGAUUGUGUGUCCACGAAAUCUUGUGUAAAUAUGAAGUGCGUUGAUCCAUGUAUAGGUCUGUGUGGUUUCAAUGCGGAAUGCCGCGUUUCGAAUCAUAUACCGGUUUGCACUUGCGUUUCCGGCUUUACGGGCAACCCAAUGCGUAGCUGCCAGGAGAAACCCUCAAAUAUGUAUUUGCCUAUACCGCGUGAUCCUUGUCGUCCCUCACCAUGUGGUUUGUACAGUACUUGCCGUGUGACAAGCAAUCGCGCCGUUUGCUCUUGUCUACCCAAUUACUUGGGUCAACCACCGAAUUGCAAACCAGAGUGCAUGCUCAGUUCUGAAUGCGCUUCGAACCGAGCUUGCAUUAACAUGCGUUGUCAAGAUCCAUGCCCCGGAACAUGUGGUCAGAAUGCACGUUGCCGCGUUACCAACCACUCACCGAUUUGUAGCUGUAUUGAUGGUUAUACUGGCGAUCCAUUCCAGCAAUGUCUACCUGAAAGAAAACCAUUAGAUACGCCACGUAUACCACCACAAAACCCUUGUAUCCCCAGUCCUUGUGGCCCGAAUUCACAAUGUCGUGCCUCUAGCUCCGGCGCUGUUUGCUCAUGUGUGGCCAAUUACAUUGGUCGUCCGCCGAACUGUCGUCCGGAAUGUACAAUCAAUUCAGAGUGUCCAGCGCAUUUGGCUUGUAUGAAUACACGUUGCUCCGAUCCCUGCGUAGGUUCGUGUGGCAACAAUGCACACUGUCAGGUCAGUGCGCACGCGCCGAUUUGUAUUUGUGAGCCGGGUUAUACCGGCGAUCCGUUCUCUGGCUGCUACAAAGUCAUACCAAUACCCGAUGAACCAGUUCAACCAUGUCGACCCAGCCCAUGUGGCUUGAAUGCUAUUUGUGAGGAGCGCAAUCGCGCGGCCUCAUGCAAAUGCAUACCCGAAUAUUUUGGCGAUCCAUAUGUUGAAUGUCGACCGGAGUGUGUCAUUAAUUCGGAUUGUCCGAAGACACGCGCCUGCAUCAACAACAAAUGUAUCGAUCCCUGUCCGGGUAUGUGUGGGCGUAAUGCCGAAUGCGUCGUCCUUAACCAUGCACCGAACUGCGAAUGCUUUAACGGCUAUACUGGAAAUCCAAUCAGCGGUUGCUCACCCAUACCAGAGCCGCCACCGAAAUAUGAACCUCCGGUACCUGUCAACCCUUGUCAGCCGUCGCCUUGUGGGCUGUAUAGCAAUUGUCGACCUGUCAAUGGCCACGCAGUGUGCUCAUGCUUACCGAACUAUUUGGGUGCACCACCCAACUGUCGUCCGGAAUGUAUGAGCAGCUCUGAUUGCGCACAAGACAAGUCGUGUAUUAAUGAACGUUGUAAAGAUCCCUGCCCCGGUACUUGUGGAAAUAAUGCGCUUUGUCGCGUCGUCAAUCACAAUCCGAUUUGCUCAUGUACACCUGGUUACACUGGCGAUCCAUUUUCACGCUGCAUCUACGAAGAGAAACGUCCUAUUAUAAGAGAUCCCAUAAAUCCAUGUGUACCAUCACCGUGCGGCCCGAAUUCACAGUGUCAAGUGUCGAAUGCAAACGGUCAAGCUGUGUGCUCGUGUCUGCCCAAUUACAUCGGCAGAGCACCGAAUUGCCGACCCGAAUGCACAUCGAAUUCGGAGUGUCGCGGUAAUAUGGCUUGCAUCAAUCAACGCUGUCAAGAUCCUUGCCAGGGUUCAUGUGGCUCAUAUACGACAUGUAUUGUAAAUAAUCAUAGACCAAUUUGCCGUUGCUUGGAAGGUUAUACGGGUGAUCCUUUCUCAGAAUGUAGUCCACAAAUUAACAUACCGCCAGAAAUUCCUAUGCCUUGCAAUCCCAGCCCUUGUGGUGCUAAUGCUGUGUGCAAGGAACGAAACGGAGUUGGCGCUUGUACCUGCUUGCCUGAGUACUCUGGAGAUCCAUACACGGAAUGCCGCCCCGAAUGUGUAUUGAAUACCGACUGUCCGAAAAACCUCGCUUGUAUGAACAAUAAAUGUCGCGAUCCAUGUCCAGGAGUAUGCGGCGUUGGUGCCGAGUGUCACGUAAUUAAUCACGCGCCCAGUUGCAGUUGUCCGUCUGGUUAUACUGGUAACCCCUCGGAAUAUUGUCGCGAACAACCAAAACACAUCGAACCCGUACAGCCUUGCCGCCCUUCGCCAUGUGGCCCUUACAGCCAAUGUCGUGAAGUGAACGGUCAUGCAGUCUGUUCGUGCAUUACCAAUUACAUUGGUGCACCGCCGUCUUGUCGUCCCGAAUGCUCGGUUAGCUCCGAGUGUGCGCAGGACAAGGCUUGUGUGAAUUUGCGCUGUGUAGACCCAUGUCCGGGCACUUGCGGCAACGAAGCGCGCUGUAAGGUCACAAACCAUAAUCCGAUUUGUAGUUGUCCACCUGGCUACUCAGGAGAUCCUUUCAUACGUUGUUUGAUCAAAGAACAAGAAGAACCACGUUUGCCUUCAAGACCAACCAACCCGUGUGUUCCAAGUCCAUGUGGACCGAACUCACAAUGUCGCGCUGUUGGUGAAACGCCAGUCUGUUCAUGCUUACCGAACUUUGUAGGACGUGCACCAAAUUGCCGUCCAGAAUGUACGCUGAACUCGGAAUGUCCAGCCAAUUUGGCUUGUAUAAAUGAGCGUUGUAAAGAUCCAUGUCCAGGUUCUUGUGGUUUCAAUGCCUUCUGUAAUGUCGUAAAUCAUUCUCCAGUAUGCAUUUGUGAUACUGGCUAUACCGGUGAUCCUUUCGCUGGCUGCAAUCCAACGCCCACCGCUAUACCCGAAGAACGUCUUACACCCUGUGUUCCCUCACCUUGCGGCCCUAAUGCCGAAUGUAGAGAGCGCAACGGCGCUGGUUCAUGCGUCUGCCUGCCCGAAUACUUUGGAGAUCCGUAUAGUGGUUGUCGUCCUGAAUGUAUUGCCAACUCCGAUUGCCCGCGUGACAAAUCGUGCGUAAACAACAAAUGCUCAGAUCCCUGCCCAGGUGUUUGCGGCUUAAAUGCGGAAUGUCGAGUGAAUAAUCAUGCGCCAACAUGUCAUUGCCUACAGGGUUACACGGGUAACCCACUAAGCGCUUGCCGUGAAAUACCACAACUACCGCCAGCACCAACCCCGAAAGAUACUAAUCCUUGCGUACCGUCACCAUGUGGUCCCUACAGUCAAUGCCGCGAGGUGAAUGGCCAUGCUGUUUGCUCCUGCCAGACAAAUUUCAUUGGUUCACCGCCGAAUUGCAAACCCGAAUGUAUUGUUUCCUCAGACUGCGCACAAAAUCUUGCAUGCCAAAAUCAGAAAUGUGUUGAUCCCUGCCCUGGUACUUGCGGCAGUGAAGCGCGCUGUCAAGUUAUUAAUCAUUAUGCGGCGUGCUCUUGCCCACCCGGUUAUACCGGCGAUCCCUUCAGUAGAUGUAUUAAAAUUAAACUGGACGUGUCUCCUGUAGUACCUAAACCUGGUAAUCCAUGUGUACCUUCACCGUGUGGACCCAACUCGAAAUGUCUCGAGGUUGGCGAUUCACCUGCAUGCUCCUGUUUGCCUAAUUACUUGGGGCGACCACCUAACUGCCGUCCCGAGUGCUUAAGUAGUUCAGACUGUCCAGCUGAUUUAGCUUGUACCAAUCAGAAAUGUACGAAUCCUUGCAUCGGCGCAUGCGGUGUACAUACACAAUGUACAGUUAUUAAACACAACCCGACGUGCCAAUGUGAAAUCGGCUAUACUGGAGAUCCUUUCUCUGGCUGUGCCAUUGUAAAAAUGACCCCAACGGAGGCACCACGCAACCCAUGCAAUCCCAGUCCCUGCGGCGCAAACGCGGUUUGUCGUGAGCGUAAUGGCGCUGGUUCUUGCUCGUGUUUGCCUGAAUACUUUGGUGACCCGUAUAGCGGCUGCCGCCCAGAAUGUGUACAAAAUUCGGACUGUGAUCGUUCACGUGCUUGCAUCAAUAAUAAAUGUCAAGAUCCAUGCCCUGGUGUAUGUGGCAUUAAUGCGGAAUGUCGUGUCUUGAAUCAUGCGCCGAAUUGUAUGUGCUUCGAUGGUUACACCGGUGAUCCGCAUCGUUCGUGUGCUGUGAUCGAAGUAACAACGUUCACACCACUAAAUCCAUGUCAACCAUCGCCAUGUGGUCCCUAUAGUGAAUGCCGUGAAUCUAAUGGACAUGCUGUGUGCUCUUGCGUUGAUGGUUUUGUGGGCGCACCGCCAUCUUGUAAGCCGGAAUGUGUUGUUAGUUCGGAAUGUCCACAGAAUAGGGCUUGUUUAAAUCAAAAGUGCGCGGAUCCAUGUCGUGGUGCGUGUGGCAAUAAUGCCCGCUGUCAAGUAGUUAACCAUAAUCCAAUUUGUACGUGUGCGCCUGGUUUAACUGGCGAUCCGUUCACAUCUUGCAUUGAAGAAAAAGAAACAGUACGUGAUCCACAAAAUCCAUGCGUACCCUCACCAUGUGGUCCGAACUCUUUGUGUCGUGAAAUUGGCGGUCAAGCCGCAUGCUCAUGUCAAACUAACUAUGUGGGUCGUCCACCAAACUGCCGUCCGGAAUGCACGAACAAUGAUGAAUGUCCAAAUAAUCUGUCAUGCCAAAAUGAACGUUGCGUCGAUCCUUGUCCCGGCUCUUGCGGUAACAAUGCUUUCUGUAAAGUGGUACAACAUAAUGCCAUCUGCUCAUGUGCCGAUGGUUAUGAAGGCGAUCCAAUAUUGGGCUGUGAUCUAAUACAACCAGUUUUGCCAAAACAACCUCCCACAUCGCCCUGUGAGCCUUCACCUUGCGGACCACAUGCCGAGUGUAGAGAACGAAAUGGCGCUGGCGCAUGUUACUGUCAUGAGGGCUUUGAGGGUAAUCCUUACGAUGUAGAACGCGGUUGCCGACGAGAAUGUGAAGUUAACGAUGAUUGUUCAACAGCUCAGGCAUGUGUGCGCUUUAAAUGUGUUGACCCGUGUGACAACAUUUGUGGUGAAUUUGCCAUUUGCUCAGUGGAGAAUCAUGUGCCGACAUGCAACUGCCCACCUGGUUAUAGUGGAGAUCCAUUCUUCCAAUGCAGACAGAUACCAGUUACACCGCCACCGCCAAUUAAUCCAUGUGUGCCAUCACCUUGUGGACCAAAUAGUAUCUGUCGCAGCAUAAACGACCAAGCUGUCUGCUCAUGCAAAUCUGGUUUCAUCAAUCAACCACCUAAUUGCCGACCAGAGUGUGUGGUCAGUUCGGAGUGUGCACCAGAACGCGCAUGUGUAAACAACAAAUGUGUUGAUCCAUGCUUACAUACUUGCGGCAUACGGGCUAUUUGCACGACGAAGAAUCAUAGCCCUAUCUGUACUUGCCCGCGUGGAAUGACCGGUGAUCCAUUUGUACAAUGUUCGAAAAUACCAAUCAUUCACGAUAUUGAACCAACAGAACGUCCACCAUCCUGUGUACCAUCGCCUUGCGGUCCGAACUCAAAAUGCCAAAUUGUGGGUGGUAGUCCAGCUUGCUCUUGUCUACAAGAUUUCAUCGGCGCACCACCGAACUGUCGUCCCGAAUGUGUACUCAACUCUGAAUGCGGUCCAACUGAAGCUUGCAUCAAUCAGAAGUGCCGAGAUCCAUGCCCAGGCUCAUGUGGAUUCGAAGCCAAAUGUCAUGUCCUUAAUCAUGUACCAAUUUGCAAUUGUAUUGACGGUUACACCGGCGAUCCAUUUAUACGUUGUAGUCCCAUACCACCGGUUACGGAAACACCAAAAACACCAAACGAUCCUUGCGAUCCAAAUCCGUGCGGAUCGAAUGCAGAUUGCUUCAAUGGCGAAUGCCGCUGUCAAGACAAUUAUCAAGGCAAUCCCUAUGAUGGCUGUCGUCCGGAAUGUACACUUUCAGCUGAUUGUGCACGCGAUAAGGCCUGCAUGCGUAACAAAUGUGUGGACCCAUGUCCUGGCACAUGUGGUAUUAAUGCUGUUUGUGAAGUGCUCAACCACAUACCAAUUUGUUCAUGUAUUUCUGAUUAUGAGGGUGAUCCGUUUAGCAGCUGCAAACCUAAAGUUAUAAUUCAACGGCCAGAACAAGUUUGCUCACCAUCACCAUGCGGCGCCAACAGUCAGUGUCGUGAUAUCAACGGUCAUGCUGUGUGCUCUUGCUUAGAAGGAUAUAUCGGCAGCCCACCACAAUGUCGUCCUGAAUGUGUAGUGUCUAGUGAGUGUUCGGCACUACAAGCUUGUGUCAACAAGAAGUGUACUGACCCAUGCGCAGGCUCUUGCGGUAUUGACGCGCGUUGUGAAGUCAUCAAUCAUAGUCCUAUUUGUGGUUGCCCGCCGGGCAAAACUGGUGAUCCAUUCAAACGUUGUCUAGAUUUACCACCACCUGAACCACCGAGGGAACGUGAUCCAGGCACACCACGCGAUCCUUGCGUACCAUCUCCAUGCGGCCCUAAUUCCAUUUGCAAGGCUAGCGUUAGCGGACCUUCAUGCCAGUGCUUGCCAGAGUUCUUCGGCUCACCACCAAAUUGUCGACCGGAGUGCAUUAUCAACCCAGACUGUCCAUCCAGCCAAGCAUGUAUCAACAAUAAAUGCCGUGAUCCAUGUCCAGGUUCUUGCGGUACCAAUGCUGAAUGUCGCGUUAUUAGUCAUACUGUGUCCUGCUCAUGUCCCACCGGCUUUGCGGGUAAUGCUUUCGUACAAUGCAUUCCAGCUAUUGAAGAGCCAGUCAAACCAUGCGAACCCUCGCCAUGUGGUCCUAAUGCCGAAUGUAUUGAACGAAACGGAGCAGCCUCGUGCAAAUGUAUUGAUGAUUAUCAAGGCAAUCCUUACGAUGGUUGUCGACCCGAAUGUGUUCUCAGCUCCGACUGCCCAACAGAUAAGGCUUGCAUACGCAACAAAUGUAAGGAUCCUUGUCCUGGCAUAUGCGGCUCGAAUGCUCAAUGCUAUGCUGUUAAUCAUGUGCCGAACUGUGUUUGUAAUGAGGGUUACACUGGCGAUCCGUUCUCCAAUUGUCAACGCCAAGUUACGCCAAUACAGCCACCACCACAAGGCAAUCCAUGUCAACCAUCACCUUGCGGACCUAACAGCAAAUGUCGCGUAUCGAACAGCCUCGCUGUUUGCUCUUGUUUGGAUACAUUUAUUGGUGCACCACCAAAUUGUAAACCAGAGUGCACAGUCAACACAGAAUGUCCACAAAAUAAGGCAUGUCAUAACUUUAGAUGCGCUAACCCUUGUGCUGGCACAUGCGGCGUGGAUGCAAAAUGUGAAGUGAUUAAUCACAACCCGAUUUGCAGUUGUCCGCUAGAUAUGACUGGCGAUCCAUUCUCGCGUUGUUAUCCAGCACCACUACCCGCACCAAAAGACGAGCCUAAGAAACCAAAGAAUCCAUGCUUCCCAUCACCGUGUGGUUUAUACGCCGAAUGUCGAGCCAUUGGCGAUCAACCAUCCUGUUCAUGCCUAUCAAAUUACAUUGGUGUGCCACCAAAUUGCCGACCCGAAUGUGUCGUCAAUACAGAUUGCCCAUCAGACAAGUCUUGCAUAGCAGAGAAAUGCCGUAAUCCAUGCGAAGGCACGUGUGGCAUCAAUUCCGAAUGCCGUAUACAAAAUCAUUUAGCCAUUUGCACUUGCCGCACUAGCUACACCGGUGAUCCAUUCUCACAAUGCGUAGAAAUCAUCGAAGUCAAGACACCGCCCACCGUUUCAACCGAUCCCUGCGAUUUGCAACCGUGUGGCGCCAACGCUGAAUGUGACAAUGGCAUCUGCACUUGCAUACGUGACUAUCAAGGUGACCCGUACGUCGGAUGUCGCCCCGAAUGUACGCUCAGCACCGACUGUUCGCCUAAUCGUGCUUGUCUCAAUAAGAAAUGUGUAGAUCCUUGCCCGGGUACUUGUGGUCAGAAUGCUCAAUGUGACGUUAGCAAUCAUAUACCAAUAUGCAGUUGUCCAAAGGAUUACACCGGCGAUCCGUUCAUCAACUGUCAUCCCGAGAUACGUGAACCAACACCUCAAGAUCCAUGUCAACCAAAUCCUUGCGGUCCGAAUAGUAUUUGUCAAACAACCGCACAAGGCGCUGUCUGCGCCUGUCAGCCAGGUAUGUUGGGCUCACCACCCACCUGCAAGCCAGAAUGUAUAGUCAGCUCCGAGUGUUCACUGCAAACUGCAUGCAUACAAAAGAAAUGUGUCGACCCGUGUCCAGGCGCAUGCGGUCAAUUCGCUAGAUGUCAAGUAAUCAAUCACAAUCCGAUUUGCACUUGCAACUCUGGCUAUACAGGCGAUCCGUUUACACGUUGUUACGAAGAGGAACGUGUCGUUGCGCCACCUAUCAAUCCUUGUGUACCAUCACCAUGUGGCCCGAACUCGGAAUGUAAAAUUGUUGGCGAUAGUCCCGCCUGCUCAUGUGCGGUCAGCUUUUUGGGAAAACCACCUAAUUGUCGGCCGGAAUGUACCAUCAAUCCGGAAUGUUCGCCUUCGAAGGCAUGUAUACGCCAGAAAUGUGAAGACCCAUGCGUGGGUUCGUGCGGCUUCAACGCGCGUUGCAAUGUGGCCAAUCAUAUGCCCAUUUGCACUUGUGAAGUGGGAUAUACUGGUGAUCCGUUCACCGGCUGCCAGCCUGUACAAGAACGUAUCGUACACGAACAAGUUACACCGUGCGAGCCGAAUCCUUGCGGCUCGAAUGCAAUUUGUCGCGAUCGUAACGGCAUUGGCUCGUGUCAAUGUCUACCCGACUACUUUGGCGAUCCGUAUCAAUCGUGUCGACCCGAAUGUGUACGCAAUUCAGAUUGUCCGACACAGCAAGCGUGCACUCAGCAAAAAUGUCGCGAUCCCUGUCCGGGCACAUGCGGCACCAACGCUGAAUGCAGCGUCGCAAACCAUGUGCCGACAUGCAUGUGCCGCAUCGGUUAUACGGGCGAUCCGUAUCGUUAUUGUCAUGUGGAGCCGCCAGCACCGAUACGUCAAGAGCCACCUACAAAUCCUUGUCAACCUUCACCUUGCGGUCCAAACUCACAAUGCCGCGAACUUAAUGGUCAGGCGGUAUGUUCAUGUCUUGAGCGUUAUAUCGGCGUACCACCAAAUUGUCGUCCGGAAUGUGUGCUUAGCACUGAAUGCCCCUAUGACAAGGCAUGCAUAAAUCAACGUUGUCAGGAUCCUUGUCCGGGCACUUGUGGCACGAAUGCAGAAUGCCGCGUGCGCAAUCAUAGCCCGUUGUGUCAGUGCCGCAACGGUUUUACCGGUGAUGCUUUCACACGUUGUUAUCCCAUACCACCUGCACCUCCAGCUAUUUCACACGUCGAACGCGAUCCUUGUGUACCCUCGCCCUGUGGGCCGCAUAGUGAGUGUCGCAACAUCAACGCCGUACCAUCCUGUUCCUGUCUACAAAGUUAUAUUGGCGCGCCACCAAACUGUCAUCCGGAGUGUACCAUCAGUGCUGAAUGUCCUUCGAAUAAGGCUUGCAUACGUGAACAUUGUAUCGAUCCUUGCCCAGGCUCUUGUGGAUUUUCCGCAGAGUGUAGUGUUGUCAAUCACACACCGAUAUGCACAUGUCCCAAUGGUUAUACAGGCGAUCCGUUCAGCAACUGCCGUCCCUUACCACCAGAACCGAUCAUCAAUGAAGCUGUCGAUCCAUGUCAUCCAUCGCCAUGUGGCGCAAAUGCUCAAUGCAACAAUGGCAUUUGUACUUGUUUGCCAGAAUAUCAUGGUGAUCCGUACACAGGCUGUCGUCCCGAAUGUGUCUUGAAUACGGACUGUCCACGUGAUAAGGCAUGCUUACGCAGCAAAUGCGCUAAUCCAUGUCCCGGCACUUGUGGCGAAAACGCCAUUUGUGAUGUUAUAAACCACAUACCUAUGUGCCGAUGUCCCGAUGGUACUGUCGGUAGUGCUUUCAUCCGUUGUAGUCCGGCGCCAACAAUCGUAAAUACAAACCCGUGCCAUCCUUCACCGUGUGGACCUAACUCACAAUGUCGUGAGGUUAACCAACAAGCCGUUUGUUCAUGUCUGCCAAACUUUAUAGGUAGUCCACCAACUUGCCGUCCCGAGUGUGUUUCGAAUUCCGAUUGUACACCUACACAGGCUUGCCUUAAUCAAAAAUGUGGUGAUCCAUGCCCCGGUACUUGCGGUAUCGGUGCCAAGUGCACUGUUGUCAACCACAGCCCAUUCUGCACGUGUCCACCUCGUUUCAGUGGCAAUCCGUUCAUACGCUGUCAACCGAUAAUUGAACCACCACGCGACGUUGUGCCAACAGAUCCUUGUCGUCCAUCACCAUGCGGACCAUAUGCGCAGUGUCGCCCCAUUGGCGAAGCGCCAUCGUGCUCAUGUCUUGCAUCUUAUAUAGGUCGUCCACCCAAUUGUCGUCCAGAAUGUGUUACGAGCUCUGAUUGUGCCAGCAGCUUGGCUUGUAUAAAUCAGAAAUGUGUUGAUCCAUGUCCGGGACGUUGUGGCGUCAAUGCGGAAUGCCGUGUGGUUAGCCAUGCAGUACAAUGUAGUUGUGUGGUCGGCUAUACUGGCGAUCCAUUUGUGGAAUGCAAUCUACCACCCGAACGAGACGUGGUCGAGGUACGCACACCCUGCAGUCCAAGUCCGUGUGGCCCGAAUGCAGUCUGUCGCGAACGUAAUGGCGCUGGUUCAUGCACUUGUUUGCCUGAAUAUUUCGGUAAUCCCUACGAGGGUUGUCGGCCCGAAUGCGUAAUGAAUUCCGAUUGUCCAUCGAAUAAGGCAUGCCAACAGCAGAAGUGUCAAGAUCCUUGUCCGGGUACUUGCGGUCAGAAUGCCGAUUGCCAAGUGGUCAAUCAUUUGCCUUCUUGUACAUGCAUAACGGGCUACACCGGUGACCCAUAUCGAAUUUGCACGCGACCUGUUGAACCCAUGCGUACGGAAUACGUAAAUCCAUGUCAACCAUCGCCAUGCGGACCAAACUCUCAAUGUCGCGAAUCAAAUGAUCUGGCUGUGUGCUCUUGUCUACCAGAAUUUAUUGGCACACCACCCGCUUGUCGUCCCGAAUGCACUAUUUCAUCAGAGUGCGCCACAGAUAGAGCAUGCGUCAAUCAGAAGUGCGUAGAUCCAUGCGCUGCUGAUCCAUGUGGCAGCAAUGCUCAAUGUCGCGUUAGGAACCAUAGUCCAAUUUGUACUUGCAAUAAUGGAUUUACAGGCGAUGCAUUCACCAGAUGUUAUCCCAUACCACCGCCACCUAUUGAAAUUGAACGCGAAGAGAUUCGUGAUCCCUGCCUUCCAUCCCCCUGUGGCCCUAAUGCAGAAUGUCGCAAUGUAAACGGGGUGCCAUCAUGUUCUUGUUUAGCCACUUUUAUUGGUCAGCCACCCAACUGCCGUCCAGAGUGUACGAUCAACUCGGAAUGUCCUAGUCAACAGGCGUGCAUCAAUCAGAAAUGUCGCGAUCCCUGUCCGGGUGCUUGUGGUCUAAAUACAGUUUGUCGUGUAAUCAACCAUACGCCGACAUGUCUGUGCAUAGACGGAUAUGUUGGAAAUCCAUUCAUCAACUGCAACCCUAAGCCACCAGAACCAACUCAACCACCAGUACGUGAUGAUCCAUGUGUUCCAUCACCAUGUGGACCCAAUGCGCAAUGUAACAAUGGACAAUGCACUUGUAUUCCUGAAUACCAGGGCGAUCCCUACGUAGGCUGUCGUCCAGAAUGUGUACUUAACUCAGAUUGUGCUCGUGACCGCGCUUGUGUGCGCAAUAAAUGCAUCGACCCUUGUCCCGGUACUUGCGGAACCAAUGCUAUUUGUAUUGUUAAUAACCAUGUGCCCAUGUGUCACUGUCCGGACAAUAUGUCGGGCAACGCCUUCUUUGAGUGUCGCCUGAUUGAAAAACCGGUCCUAAGAAAUCCUUGUCAACCAUCACCAUGUGGCCCUAACAGCCAAUGCCGCGAAUUGCAAAAUGUGGGCGUGUGCUCCUGUUUACCAGACUUUAUUGGUAGUCCGCCGCAAUGUAGACCGGAAUGUACAACAAACUCUGAUUGUCCACCGGAUCAGGCAUGUCAGAACUCUAAGUGUCGCGAUCCUUGUCCUGGAACAUGUGGCUUCAACGCAGUAUGCAACGUUGUCAAUCAUAAUCCAUUCUGUACUUGUCGUGCUCAAUUGACAGGAAAUCCAUUUGUGCGUUGCCAGGAAAUAAUUGCUCCCAUACGUGAUGCCACACCCGCCAAUCCUUGUGUGCCCUCGCCUUGCGGUCCUAAUUCCGAAUGUCGUGUUUCAGGUGACUCCCCGUCAUGUUCAUGUUUGCCAGAUUUUACAGGAUCACCACCAAAUUGUCGUCCUGAAUGUGCCUCAAAUUCAGAAUGUCCAUCCACACAAGCAUGUAUAAAUCAAAAAUGCAAAGAUCCCUGUCCUGGAUUGUGUGGCUUAAAUGCCAAUUGUCGUGUCUUCAGUCACACACCCAUGUGUCUCUGUCAAGAAGGCUUUACUGGAGAUCCAUUUUCACAAUGCAACCCAGUACGAGCAGAACCGAUCGAGGUAGUGAGACCAUGCAGUCCCAGUCCAUGCGGUAUCAAUGCUAAAUGCGAAGAACGCGACAACGCAGGUUCUUGUCAAUGCUUGCCAGAGUACUUCGGUAACCCAUACGAAGGUUGCCGUCCUGAAUGUGUCCUGAACUCAGAUUGUUCAUCGAAUAAAGCUUGUCAAAAUCAAAAAUGCGUCGAUCCUUGUCCCGGCACUUGUGGCACAAAUGCAAUAUGUCAAGUAAUAAAUCAUUUACCUUCUUGUGAAUGCUAUCCCGGCUACAAUGGUGAUCCUUAUCGCCUAUGUCAAGUAGUACAAGAAGAACCUCCCAAAGUAUACGUUAAUCCCUGUCAACCGUCGCCUUGUGGUCCAAACUCAAAAUGCCGCGAAGUAAAUGGUCAAGGAGUAUGUUCUUGUUUGCCAGAGUAUGUCGGUAGUCCACCAGCAUGUCGACCUGAAUGUACAUCCAGCUCAGAAUGUGCUACUGAUAAAGCAUGUAUCAAUCGGAAAUGUGUAGAUCCCUGCCCCGGCGUCUGUGGGCAGAAUGCAGAGUGUCGCGUGAGAAACCACAGCCCUAUCUGCACUUGUAACAAUGGAUUCAACGGCGACGCUUUCGUGCGUUGCUUCCGAAUCAUAACACCGGUAUCAAUACCACCGCCACAACGUCAGCCACAAGAUCCUUGCAUGCCAUCACCGUGUGGACCAAACUCAGAGUGCCGCGAUAUACAUGGCUCACCAUCAUGCUCCUGCCUACCAAAUUUCCUUGGUGCACCACCCACUUGCCGCCCGGAAUGUAGUCUGAACUCGGAGUGUCCAAGCCAUCAAGCCUGUAUAAAUCAGAAAUGUCGAGACCCAUGUCCGGGUUCUUGUGGCAUUAGCGCAUUGUGUAAUGUGAUUAGCCACACACCAAUUUGUACAUGCCAAAUCGGUUACACUGGUAAUCCGUUCACUGUCUGCAAUCCGUUACCACCACCAAAAAGUAAGUCAGUACUUAGAUUAAAAGGUGCCGUUAGUAAAACCCUAAUUUUUUAUAUAGCUGAAGUUGUGCCUCAAGACGAUCCAUGUAUACCCUCACCAUGCGGACCUAACGCAAAAUGUAACAAUGGUCAGUGUACAUGUAUACCCGAAUAUCAUGGAGAUCCUUACACAGGCUGUAGGCCAGAAUGUGUAUUGCAUACAGAUUGCGCUAGAGAUCGCUCCUGUGUACAACACAAAUGUGUUGAUCCUUGUCCAGGAACGUGCGCUUCUAAUGCCAUUUGCGAAGUUAUGAAUCACAUACCAAUUUGCCGCUGUCCCGAUGGCAUGGAAGGCAACGCUUUCGUACAAUGCUCACCCAUACCGAAAUUGGAUGUACCACAAAAUCCAUGCCAGCCAACACCUUGCGGUCCAAAUAGUCAGUGCCGUGAGGUAAAUCAACAAGCCGUCUGCUCUUGCAUCGCAUCCUAUGUCGGUAGUCCACCAUUUUGUAGGCCGGAAUGCACAAUCAAUUCGGAGUGUCCGCUUAAUCAAGCUUGUCUCAAUCAAAAAUGUUCCGAUCCGUGUCCUGGCGUUUGUGGCAACAAUGCUCUUUGUCAUGUUGCCAAUCAUAUUCCGUUCUGCCGUUGCCCAGACAGAUAUUCCGGUAACCCGUUUGUUAGUUGCCAACCGAUUUUAGAUACACCCGAACCACGUCCACCGAGUCAACCUUGUGUUCCAUCGCCAUGUGGUCCAUUCUCGGAAUGCCGCGCUAUUGGUGACACACCUUCGUGUACUUGCUUACCUGACUAUAUCGGUGCGCCUCCAAAUUGCCGACCAGAAUGCGUAACCAGCUCAGAAUGCAACACCAAUUUAGCGUGUAUUAAUCAAAAAUGCAAAGAUCCUUGCCCAGGUUUAUGUGGCAAUAGCGCUUUGUGUCGUGUGCUUUCACACACUCCAAGCUGUUAUUGUCCAAUCGGCUUUGAAGGAGAUCCAUUUGUACAAUGUGUGGAAAGCAAGAUACCACAAUUGGAUAACAUCGAUCCUUGCAAUCCAAGUCCAUGCGGUGCAAAUGCACGUUGCAUACAACGUAAUGACGCAGGUUCCUGCCAAUGCCUUCCGGAAUACUUUGGAAAUCCUUACGAAGGCUGUAGACCCGAAUGUUUGUUGAAUUCCGAUUGUGCUUCCGAUAGGGCCUGUCAAAAUAUGAAGUGUCGUGAUCCUUGUCCGGGCACCUGUGGACAGAAUGCCAUUUGUUCAGUACUAAAUCAUGUGCCAACCUGUAAUUGUGUACCUGGCUAUAGCGGCGAUCCAUAUCGUUCUUGUCAAGUGGACAAACAACCUAUCAAGGAAUAUGUCAAUCCGUGUCAGCCAUCACCUUGUGGUCCCAACUCGCAGUGUCGAGAAAUAAACGAGCAAGCUGUGUGCUCUUGUUUACCCGAAUACAUUGGCAGUCCACCACUGUGCCGUCCCGAGUGCACCAUCUCGACCGAGUGUGCGUUCGACAAAGCCUGUAUCAAUCAGAAAUGCGCAGACCCUUGCCCGGGCACAUGCGGACAGAAUGCCAAUUGUCGCGUACAUAAUCAUAGCCCAAUCUGUUCCUGUCGUGCAGGUUUUACAGGAGAUGCUUUUUCACGUUGUUUCGCUAUACCACCUACACCACCUGCACCCGUACAACGCCAACCCGUCGAUCCUUGUGUUCCUUCACCAUGUGGUCCGAAUUCACAGUGCCGGCGCAUUGGAGAAUCGCCUUCAUGUUCUUGUUUACCUAAUUAUAUUGGCACUCCACCUAAUUGUCGUCCAGAAUGCACCAUUAAUGCUGAAUGUCCAAGCAGUCAGGCGUGUAUCAAUGAAAAAUGUCGCGAUCCUUGUCCCGGCUCGUGUGGUUUGGGCGCUAUCUGUAAUGUUAUCAAUCAUACUCCAAGCUGUGUUUGCCCUACUGGAUAUACUGGAGAUCCUUUCACCUACUGUCUACCAGAACCACCACCGAAACCUGUUGUCAAAGAUGAUCCCUGCAAUCCUUCACCCUGCGGUUCGAAUGCUCAAUGUAAUGAUGGUAUUUGUACAUGUAUACCAGAAUACCAGGGCGAUCCGUAUACCGGUUGUCGACCUGAAUGUGUACUUAAUACAGACUGUCCACGCGAUCGCGCUUGCAUACGAAAUAAAUGUGUUGAUCCUUGUCCCGGUACUUGUGCAUCAAAUGCUUUGUGUAGCGUCAUCAAUCACAUACCUAUUUGUUCAUGUCCGAACGGAAUGUCUGGCAACGCUUUUAUACAGUGUUCUCCGUUACCACCGCCCGUUAAAGUUAAUCCUUGUCAACCCUCACCUUGUGGUCCCAAUUCACAGUGUCGCGAAGUAAAUGAGCAAGCAGUUUGCUCUUGUAUACCAGGCUUCAUUGGCGCACCACCAACAUGUCGACCGGAGUGCACUGCCAAUCAGGAAUGUCCAGCCAAUUUGGCGUGCAUUAAUCAGAAAUGCGUCGAUCCUUGCCCUGGUACUUGUGGACGGAAUGCCCAGUGCAGUACCGUGAAUCACAAUCCUUUCUGCACCUGUAUUCCACAUUACACUGGAAAUCCAUUUGUCGCUUGCCAACGUAUCAUAGAACAACCUCAAUUGGAUGUCACACCAGCUGAUCCUUGCCGUCCCUCGCCAUGCGGUCCCAACUCGGAAUGUCGUGCAAUCGGCAACACGCCAUCUUGCACGUGUCUUGUAAAUUUCAUUGGUUCCCCACCUUACUGCAAGCCGGAAUGCGUUUCCAAUUCGGAAUGCCCAUCGACACAGGCAUGCAUUAAUCAAAAAUGCAAAGAUCCCUGCCCAGGACUAUGUGGCAUUAGUGCCGAAUGUCAUGUAGUAUCACACACACCGCGUUGCAACUGUUUGUCUGGUUUUACUGGCGAUCCAUUUACAAUUUGCCAGCCAAUUCGUGAAUCCGCGCCGAUUGAAGUGCUGAACCCAUGCUCACCAUCGCCUUGCGGUGCCAACGCAAAUUGCCUCGAACGUAAUGGUGCCGGCGCGUGUCAAUGUUUGCCGGAAUACUUUGGCAAUCCAUACGAAGGUUGCCGACCGGAAUGUGUUCUCAAUUCGGACUGUCCGUCGAACAAGGCUUGCCAGAAUCAAAAAUGUCGGGAUCCUUGCCCCGGUACUUGUGCACAGAAUGCUGAAUGUAAUGUCGUCAACCAUAUACCAACUUGUAAUUGCUUCGUGGGUUAUACCGGGGAUCCAUAUCGUUAUUGUACAAGACCAGCAGAACCCAUAGUACAAGAGUACGUAAACCCAUGCCAACCUAGUCCAUGUGGACCGAAUUCUCAAUGUCGUGAAGUAAACAGUCAAGCAGUGUGCUCAUGUCUAAGUGAGUUUAUAGGCGUACCACCUUCUUGUAGACCCGAAUGUACAUCUAGUUCAGAGUGUACAAGUGAUAAGGCGUGUAUAAAUCGAAAAUGCGUCGACCCUUGUCCUGGUGUUUGCGGUCAAAGUGCGCUAUGUCAAGUGCGCAAUCAUAGUCCAAUUUGUUCCUGCCGUAAUGGCCUAACCGGUGAUCCAUUCGUGCGUUGUUAUCCCUUACCACGUAAGCAAAGUGAAGUUAUUGCUUGAAAUGUAAUAUAUCGUGAUCAAUAUUUUCCCCUAGCGCCAACACCUCCUAAACCCACCGAUGUAUAUCGUGAUCCUUGCGUGCCAUCACCAUGUGGUCCGUAUGCCACUUGUCGCAACCAAAAUAAUGUGCCAUCUUGUACGUGUCAACUAAAUUAUAUAGGCGCACCCCCCAAUUGUCGUCCCGAGUGUACAGUUAACUCCGAUUGUACCAGUAGUCAGGCAUGUAUAAAUGAACGGUGUCGCGAUCCAUGUCCGGGUGCAUGCGGUGUCAAUACACUGUGCAGUGUCAUAAACCACACACCGAAUUGUGCAUGCCAGCCCGGUUAUAUAGGCGAUGCAUUCAUUGCUUGUCAUCCAGCACCACCACCUCCACCACCACAACAAGAACCUAUUGAUCCCUGCAAUCCUAGCCCAUGUGGACCCAACGCUGUCUGCUCAGGUGAUGGGCAAUGUUCGUGUAUAGCUGACUAUCUGGGUGACCCUUACGUCGCAUGCAAACCGGAAUGUAUACUCAAUACCGAGUGUGCUCGUGAUCGCGCCUGUAUAAAACAGAAAUGUGUUGAUCCUUGUCCAGGUACAUGUGGCUCAGAGGCCAUAUGUGAAGUCUUUAAUCAUGUGCCGAUGUGCCGUUGCCCGGAACGUAUGACCGGCAAUGCAUUUGUACAGUGUGUACCGGUUCAAACUGAUAUUUACCGUAAUCCUUGUCAACCAUCGCCUUGUGGUCCGAAUUCACAGUGUCGCGAAGUGAACUCACAAGCUGUGUGUAGUUGUCUGCCAGACUAUCUAGGUAGCCCACCAUCAUGCCGCCCAGAGUGUACCAGCAAUUCUGAUUGCCCACCAAACCGUGCUUGUCAAAAUCAACGCUGCGUAGAUCCAUGUCCUGGUACAUGUGGUUUGUAUGCGAAAUGCGCGGUUGUCAAUCACAAUCCUUUCUGCUCGUGCAAUGAACGCUACACAGGCAAUCCAUUUGUACAAUGUCGUCCUAUAAUUGAACCUGUUCGUGAUAUUACACCAAUCAACCCAUGUCAACCAUCACCAUGUGGGCCGAAUAGUCGCUGCCAACCUGUGGGCGAAUCGCCAUCGUGCUCUUGCCUUGAAAACUUCUACGGUCAACCACCAAAUUGUCGUCCCGAAUGUGUGACAAACUCGGAAUGUUCGUCAAGCAAUGUUUGUCGAAAUAAUCGCUGCGUGGACCCAUGUCCUGGACUUUGUGGCAAUAAUGCACUUUGUCGUGUAAUAAGUCACACAGCAAUGUGUUACUGUGAGAACGAAUAUACCGGUGAUCCAUUUGUACAGUGUACCUUGAUUGUACGUGCACCAACUGAAGUUGUCGAUCCUUGUAAUCCGAAUCCAUGCGGUUCAUUCGCCGAAUGCUUACAACAAAAUGGUGUAGGAUCAUGUAAAUGUCUUGAGGAAUAUUUCGGAAACCCUUACGAAGGGUGCCGCCCUGAAUGUGUGUUGAACACCGAUUGUCCAUCCAACAAGGCGUGUAUCAAUCAGAAAUGUCGCGAUCCUUGCCCGGGUACAUGUGGUUUGAAUGCUGAGUGUUACACCAGAAAUCAUCUACCUACCUGUUCUUGCUUAUACGGUUUUGUAGGUGAUCCAUACCGUUAUUGCGCCGUUGAAGAGAAACCCAUAGUACAAGAGUAUGUCAAUCCUUGUCAACCAUCGCCAUGCGGUCCAAAUAGUCAGUGUCGCGAAGUGAAUAGUCAAGCCGUGUGCUCUUGUCUACCAGAAUUUAUUGGUACUCCACCGGCGUGUAGGCCCGAAUGUACCAUAAGCACUGAAUGUAACUUCGAUAAAGCCUGUAUCAAUCAAAAAUGUGCCGAUCCAUGCCCAGGCGUUUGUGGUACGGGAGCUCAGUGUCAAGUGCGCAACCACGCACCACUGUGUUCUUGUCAACUUGGUUACACUGGUGAUCCGUUUACCCGUUGUUAUCCCAUACGUCCGCCACCACCGACCGCUGUCGCCGAACCAAUACGAGAUCCCUGCUUGCCUUCACCUUGUGGCCCUAAUUCACAAUGCAGAAAUGUCAACAAUCAAGCCUCAUGCUCCUGUUUACCCAAUUUCUUUGGCGCACCACCAAAUUGUCGUCCAGAGUGCGCCACCAACUCGGAGUGUUCAUCCAACUUGGCAUGCAUUAAUAAUCGUUGCACUGACCCUUGUCCGGGUUCCUGCGCGUACAAUGCUCAAUGCAGCGUGAUAAAUCACAUACCCAUAUGUUCUUGUCCAAAGGAUUACGUAGGCGAUCCAUUUGUUAGUUGUCAGCCGGCGCCACCACCUCAACCACCUGUGAAAGAUGAUCCCUGUAAUCCAUCACCUUGUGGCCCUAACGCCGUCUGUAACGAUGGUCAAUGCACCUGUAUACCUGAAUAUCAAGGCGACCCCUUCAUUGGCUGUCGUCCGGAGUGUGUGUUGAAUUCUGAAUGUCCACACGAUAAGGCUUGUAUUAGAAAUAAAUGUGUUGGUCCAUGUCCGGGUACUUGUGGUGUUAAUGCUAUUUGCGAAGUGCUCAAUCAUGUGCCCAUGUGCCGUUGUCCAGAUGGCAUGUCCGGAAAUGCAUUCUACCAAUGUGAUCCCAUACCACCAAAACUUGUCUCCAAUCCAUGUGAACCAUCACCGUGUGGUCCUAAUAGCCGCUGUCGUGUUGUCAACCAAAACGCUGUCUGCUCUUGCAUCGAAAGUUUCAUCGGGAAUCCACCUACAUGUCGUCCAGAGUGUGUUCGUAAUUCUGAUUGUGGUCCACAAAUGGCCUGUCAGAACCAAAAAUGUGUUGAUCCUUGUCCUGGAGCUUGUGGUUUUAAUGCUAUUUGCAAAGUGACAAAUCAUGCGCCUAUCUGUACAUGUCCGGCGCGUUAUACUGGAAAUCCAUUUGUUACCUGCCAACCCAUAAUUGAACCCCCGAUACGUUUACAAGAACUAAAGGAUCCUUGCUACCCAUCACCUUGCGGUCCGAAUUCGCAAUGCCGCGCUGUUGGUGAUGCUCCGUCCUGCUCCUGUUUGCCACAAUUUACGGGCUCACCACCUAACUGUCGACCGGAGUGUGUUACGAAUAGUGAAUGCAGCCAAGACAAGACAUGCAUUAAUCAAAAAUGUGUUGAUCCUUGCCCUGGCUUAUGCGGACAGAAUGCUCAAUGUCGUGUAAUCAGUCAUACAGCGAUGUGCCUUUGUGCGCCUGGUUUUACAGGCGAUCCCUUCACGGCCUGCCUACCAGAGCCAGUGAAACAAGAUGAGUUCAUAUCGCCCUGUGAACCAAAUCCAUGUGGUGUUAACGCAGAGUGUCGUCAAGUGAACAACGCCGGUUCUUGUCAGUGUUUGCCUGAAUACUUUGGCAACCCUUAUGAUGGCUGUCGUCCAGAAUGUGUCACGAACUCGGACUGUCCGCUUGAUAAAUCAUGUCAGAAUCAGAAAUGCCGUGACCCCUGUCCGGGUGUCUGCGCCCUAAAUGCCAUUUGUCGCGUAAUAAAUCACUUACCAUCUUGUAAUUGUCUUGAUGGCUUCAUAGGUGAUCCGUAUAAUUAUUGUCAAUUACCUUUGAAACCAAUUAUGAAAGAAUACGUUAAUCCCUGUCAACCAUCGCCCUGCGGACCUAACUCACAAUGUCGUGAAGUGAACAAUCAAGCGGUUUGUUCAUGUCUGCCUACUUUUGUCGGCACACCACCAGCAUGUCGACCCGAGUGUACUACAAGCGCUGAAUGUGCCUUAGAUAAGGCGUGUAUCAACCAGAAAUGUCAGGAUCCUUGCCCGGGCACAUGCGGUUCCAAUGCGGAGUGUGACGUACGCAACCAUUCACCGUUCUGUACUUGUUUGAAUGGAUAUACAGGAAAUGCCUUCACACGCUGUCACCCAAUACCACCACCGCCUCCAGCUGCAACACCACCUGAACCUGCCCGAAAUCCAUGCGUGCCAUCACCUUGUGGACAGUUUGCUGAAUGUCGUGAUAUCAACGGAAGUCCGUCUUGUUCAUGUCUACCUACUUAUAUAGGUAGUCCACCUAAUUGUCGACCGGAAUGUACCAGAAAUUCUGAUUGCGCCAGCACACAAGCUUGUAUAAAUCAAAAAUGUCGCGAUCCUUGCCCGGGCGCGUGCGGUUUUAAUGCAAACUGUCAUGUAAUUAAUCAUACACCGAUUUGUCAGUGCGCGUCAGGCUUGAUUGGAGAUCCCUUUGUCUCUUGCCAAUCACCACCACCGCCACCUCCUAAACUGGCAGAGGACCCAUGUAAUCCCUCACCUUGUGGUUCAAAUACUAUAUGUCGCGAUGGUCAAUGCGAAUGUAUACCGGAGUAUCAAGGUAAUCCACUAAUUGGUUGUCGUCCAGAAUGUGUUUUGAACACAGACUGUUCUUCGGACAAGGCAUGUAUACGUCAAAAAUGCACAGAUCCUUGUCCGGGCACUUGUGCUUCGAACGCCAUUUGUGAGGUACACAACCACAUACCCAUGUGUCAUUGCCCAGAAGGUAUGACCGGUAAUGCAUUCGCUCUGUGUCAACCCAUACCUACGCCAGUGCAGACAAAUCCAUGUCAACCGUCGCCAUGUGGUCCAAACUCUCAAUGUCGCGUUAUAAAUCAACAAGCUGUGUGUUCUUGUUUACCUGAAUUUAUUGGUGCGCCACCAUCUUGUCGUCCGGAAUGUACUAGCAAUGCAGAAUGCGCCCUUAACCGCGCUUGUUUGCAGCAGAAAUGUCGCGAUCCUUGUCCAGGCGUAUGCGGCGUCAAUGCCGAGUGUACGGUCAUAAAUCACUCGCCGAUUUGUCGCUGUACCAAUUCAUACACUGGCAAUCCGUUCGUUGCAUGCAGUCCUAUUCGAAUUGUCCCCCAAUUGGAUGUUGUACCUAAAGAUCCUUGUCGUCCCUCACCUUGCGGACCGAAUGCUGAGUGUCGUGCUGUAGGCGAAAGUCCAUCAUGUUCAUGUCUGAAAAACUUUGUUGGUGCACCACCAAACUGCCGUCCUGAAUGCGUAACAAAUUCCGAGUGCCCACUGUCACAAGCUUGCAUCAAUCAGCGUUGCCAAGAUCCCUGCCCAGGUGUUUGUGGCUCAAACGCCGAUUGUCAUGUCAUUAAUCAUACACCAAUGUGUGUAUGUACAAGCGGUUAUACUGGAGAUCCAUUCAGCUAUUGCGAUGUCGUACGCGAUGUACCGCAAGAAGUACUCAACCCUUGUCAACCAAGUCCUUGCGGACCCAAUACAGAAUGUAUUGUACGUAACGACGCAGGCGCUUGUCAAUGUCUACCUGAAUAUCAAGGCAACCCCUAUGAGGGUUGUCGUCCAGAAUGUGUUGUAAACUCUGAUUGUCCAACGAACAAAGCGUGUCUACAGAACAAAUGUAACGAUCCGUGCCCAGGUACUUGCGGACAGAAUGCACUCUGUUUUGUACGCAAUCAUUUGCCAACCUGCAACUGUUUAACUGGUUAUACAGGUGAUCCUUACAGCUACUGUACGGUAUUGACAGAACCUAAAUUAGACGUGGUAAAUCCAUGUCAGCCUUCACCAUGUGGACCAAAUUCACAAUGCAAGGAAGUCAAGCAACAAGCAGUCUGCUCGUGUCUACCAACAUUCAUCGGCACACCACCAGACUGCCGCCCUGAAUGUACCAUCUCCAGCGAAUGUGCGCUCGAUAAGGCAUGUGUCAAUCAGAAAUGCGUCGAUCCGUGCCCCGGCGUAUGUGGUCUUAACGCCGAAUGCCACGUGCGCAGUCAUAACCCACUUUGCACUUGUCGUAACCGUUACACCGGCGAUGCCUUUACCAGAUGCUAUCCAAUACCACCGCCACCGCCAGUACCAGUAAUUAGAGAGGAAUACCGCGAUCCAUGUGUACCAUCACCUUGCGGUGUUAAUGCUUUAUGUCGUAACGUCAAUGGCCAGGCCUCAUGUUCUUGUCUGCCCAACUACUUAGGUGCACCACCCAACUGUCGACCCGAGUGUUCAAUCAAUGCCGAGUGCUCACCAAACUUGGCGUGCAUAAAUGAAAAAUGUCGCGACCCCUGUCCGGGAUCUUGUGGUUUCUCUGCGAUUUGUAGUGUCAUUAAUCAUACGCCAAUAUGUACCUGCCCAGCUGAUUACACAGGCGAUCCGUUCACUAGCUGUAUGCCUAAGCCACCCGAGCCCCAACUGCCUUUACAAGACCCAUGUAAUCCAUCACCUUGCGGUAGUAAUGCCAUCUGUAAUGAUGGCGUAUGCUCGUGCUUGCCUGAGUACCAAGGAAACGCUUAUUCGGGUUGUCGACCAGAAUGUGUACUCAAUACUGAGUGCGCACGUGACAAAGCUUGUAUAAGAAACAAAUGCGUUGACCCUUGCCCUGGCACAUGUGGUGUCGGAGCCAUCUGUGAUGUCUUUAAUCAUAUACCAAUGUGUCGUUGUCCUGAUGGUAUGUUGGGCAACGCUUUCAUUCAAUGCUCUGUACAACAAACUCCACCAACUGUCACGAACGUGUGUAAACCAUCGCCGUGCGGCCCCAAUGCACAAUGUCAUGAAGUUAAUCAACAAGCAGUUUGCGCUUGCUUGCCUAACUAUUUCGGCUCACCACCUAACUGCCGACCUGAAUGUACCAUAAACUCGGACUGUCCACCAAACUUGGCUUGCGUUAACCAGAAAUGUCGAGAUCCUUGUCCCGGAAGCUGUGGCAUACGUGCUGUGUGCUCAGUCAUUAAUCACACGCCAUUCUGUAGUUGCCCGAGCGGCUACACUGGCAAUGCACAUACUCUAUGUCAACUAUUACCACCACCGACACCUCAACAGGAACCUACAAAUCCCUGCUUACCUUCACCAUGCGGUCCCAACUCGCAAUGCGCUGACAGAAACGGUUCCCCAUCAUGCAGCUGCUUACCAGAUUAUAUAGGUGCUCCACCAAAUUGUCGACCAGAAUGUUUAUCUUCCUCGGAAUGUGCUAGCAAUAAAGCAUGUAUCAACAUGAAGUGUCGCGAUCCAUGUCCCGGUGUUUGUGGCACAUCAGCUACUUGUCAUGUGGUUAGUCACACACCAUCUUGUGUCUGCAUCGCCGGUUAUGUGGGUGAUCCGUUCACGCAAUGUUAUCCCGAACCGAUUGUUGAGCUUGAGCAGAUUAACCCGUGUGUGCCUAGUCCAUGUGGCAGCAACGCUAUGUGUACCACACAAAACAAUGCCGGCGCUUGUAAGUGUCUACCAGACUAUUUCGGUAAUCCAUAUGAAGGUUGCCGUCCCGAGUGUGUCGCAAAUUCUGAUUGUCCGUCGAAUAAGGCUUGUAGAAAUCAAAAGUGUCAGGAUCCUUGCCCCGGCGUUUGUGGACAAAAUGCGCAAUGUGACGCGAUUAAUCAUUUGCCCACCUGCAGCUGUCUGUUGGGUUACACCGGUGAUCCGUAUAGCUUCUGUAAUGUUUUGAAAGAACCUAUUAGAGAAUAUGUAAAUCCAUGCAUACCAUCACCUUGUGGCCCGAAUUCUCAAUGUCGCGAGGUAAACGAACAAGCCGUAUGCUCAUGUCUGCCAGAAUUUAUUGGCAGUCCACCCUCUUGUCGUCCCGAAUGCACAUCGAAUUCUGAAUGUCCCACUGAUAGAGCAUGCAUCAACAAAAAAUGUCAAAACCCUUGCCCGGGUACUUGCGGCUCGAACGCUGAGUGUCGCGUACGUUCACAUAGCCCGUAUUGUAGUUGUCGUCCAGGUUAUACUGGUGACGCAUUUGUCCGUUGUAAUCCUAUACCACCACCACCACCGCCAGCGCGUGAACCAUUCCGCGAUCCAUGUGUUCCUUCACCAUGUGGUCAAUAUGCUGUUUGUCGUGUUGUGAACGAACAGCCCACGUGUUCUUGUCUACCUUCGUAUAACGGUUCACCGCCAAAUUGCCGCCCAGAAUGUGUUAUAAACUCGGACUGUGCCAGCAAUCACGCCUGCAUAAACGAAAAGUGUCGCGAUCCUUGCCCUGGAUCUUGUGGAGUAUAUGCCGUUUGCAAUGUUCGAAAUCAUACGCCAGUGUGUACGUGCCCGGUCGGCUAUACCGGUGAUCCUUUCACGAAUUGCCACGCGCAACCAGCCCCACCACCACCACUAACUCCUGCUGACGAUCCUUGCAUACCAACACCGUGUGGCACUAACGCUCAAUGCAGCGAUGGCAUUUGCACUUGCAUCGGCGAAUAUCAAGGCGAUCCUUACACUGGUUGCCGUCCCGAAUGCCUUCUUAAUAGCGAAUGCUCGCGCAAUAAAGCUUGUAUCAACCAGAAAUGUCAAGAUCCUUGUCCUGGCACCUGUGCUUCGAACGCGAUCUGUGAAGUACACAAUCAUGUACCCAUGUGUCACUGUCCAGCGGGAAUGCAAGGCAAUGCAUUUGUCCUAUGCCAACCACUUCCGGAGCGGCCACCAGAACCUGCGCAGCCAUGUCAACCAUCACCAUGCGGUCCAAACUCACAAUGUCAAGAUAGAAAUGGUAUAGCUAUUUGUUCGUGUGUGGCAGAUAUGAUUGGUACACCACCCGCUUGUCGCCCCGAAUGUAUCAGCAAUUCCGAGUGCCCAAUGAAUCGCGCUUGCAUCAAUCAGAAAUGCAAAGACCCAUGUCCAGGCGCUUGCGGCCAUAAUGCACUUUGUAACAUUGUGAAUCAUAACCCAAUUUGCUCGUGUCCAACGGGUUAUACCGGAAGUCCAUUCGUAGCUUGUCAACCCAUCAUCACUCCUCCAACUUAUGAAGAACCACGCGAUCCCUGUCGUCCAUCACCAUGCGGCGCCAAUGCUCAAUGCAGCAACAUCAAUAGUGCACCUUCCUGUACUUGUCUCUCUGAGUUUAUUGGCCUACCACCAAAUUGUCGGCCAGAAUGUGUAUCUAAUUCAGAAUGUCCAUCCGAUAAGGCUUGCAUUAAUCAGAAGUGUCGUGAUCCAUGUCCCGGUUUAUGUGGUGCCAAUGCACAGUGUCAUACUUUGAAUCACAUACCAAAUUGUGUUUGUGAACAAGGUUACGUUGGAGAUCCAUUUACGGUUUGCCGCUUGCCAUUACCGCCACCACCAGCUCCAGUACCCGAUUUUAUAGACCCAUGUGUACCGAACCCUUGUGGAGAUAAUGCGGAAUGUCGUCAUCAUAAAAAUGUGGGAUCAUGUGUCUGUCUACCUGAAUAUUUCGGAAACCCUUAUCAAGGUUGUCGACCUGAGUGUGUGCUAAAUAGUGAUUGUCCGUCAAAUAAAGCCUGCGUACAACGUAAAUGUCAAGAUCCAUGUCCUGGCACUUGCGGUCGCAAUGCCGAAUGCCAGGUUAUUAAUCACCUACCCGUUUGCCAUUGCUGGAGCGGCUAUACAGGCAAUCCGUUUAGCUUAUGCUCGGCAAUAAAACAAUUGGAGCCCGUUUAUGUUAAUCCCUGUCAACCUUCGCCGUGCGGUCCGAAUGCACAGUGCCAUGAGGUCAACCAACAAGCUGUUUGUUCGUGCUUGCCUGAAUUUAUUGGCUCACCUCCUGCUUGUCGUCCAGAAUGUACCGUUAAUUCGGAAUGCCCACUUACACAGGCUUGCAUAAAUCGUAAAUGCGCAGAUCCUUGCCCUAGCACCUGUGGUCAAAAUGCAGAUUGUCGCGUUUACAACCACAAUCCGAUUUGUUCGUGCAAAGUUAGCUAUACGGGAGAUGCUUUUACACGUUGUUAUCCAAUACCGCAGCCAAUUGCAGAUGUAACACCACAACCACCGAGUAAUCCCUGCAAUCCUUCACCUUGUGGCCAAUACGCGCAAUGUCAUAAUCGCAACGGCGGCGCAGUUUGCUCAUGUCUGCCUAGCUACAUAGGUAGUCCUCCGAAUUGUCGCCCCGAAUGCGUUGUAAAUUCCGAUUGUCCCUCGAAUCGGGCCUGUAUCAACGAGAAGUGUCGUGAUCCAUGCCCCGGUUCAUGUGGUUUCAACGCAAUUUGUAAUGUACUCAACCAUGUACCCAACUGCGUCUGUCCAACUGGUUAUGUAGGUGAUCCAUUCAGUAACUGUCAACCAGAGCCGCCCCGACCGGUGCAACGUGAACCCAUCAAACAGGAUCCUUGUGUACCAUCACCUUGUGGUGCGAAUGCCGCUUGUAGUGGAGAAGGCGUGUGUACAUGUAUUACCGAAUAUCAUGGAGAUCCGUACAGUGGUUGCCGUCCAGAAUGCGUACUAAACAGCGAUUGCGCCCGUGACCGUGCUUGUAUCAAUCAAAAAUGUAAAGACCCAUGCCCGGGUACUUGUGGCUCGCUUGCGCUCUGCAAUGUUAUAAACCACGUCCCAAUGUGUUCGUGUCCAGCGGGCAUGACCGGCAAUGCGUUUGUUUAUUGCGAUAGCAUACCAAUCGUCGAACCGCCACCGCCCAUAAACCCCUGUCAACCUUCUCCUUGUGGUUCUAAUGCACAGUGUCGCGCCUCUAAUCAACAAGCCAUCUGCUCUUGCCUACCAGGUUAUAUUGGCGCACCACCAUCCUGUCGUCCCGAAUGUGUUUCUAAUUCCGAGUGUGCUUUGGAUAAGUACUGUUUGAAUCAGCGUUGCCAAGAUCCGUGCGCCGGUACUUGCGGUUUGCGUGCCGUCUGUCAUGUUCAAAAUCAUAGCCCGAUAUGUGCUUGUCCUCCACGCUACACCGGUGAUCCGUUUAUUUCCUGCCAGCCAAUAAUUAUACCAAAACCGACACCGAUAAGCGACGUAACGCAUACAAAGCCAUGCCAUCCAUCACCUUGCGGACCGAACUCAGAAUGUACUGCCACUGCGAAUGGCGCACAAUGUACUUGCUUACGUGAUUUCGUUGGCACUGCACCGCACUGCCGUCCCGAAUGCGUAACCAGUGCUGAGUGUGCUUCGGACAGGGCGUGCCUUAAUCGCAAAUGUGCCGAUCCCUGUCCAGGUUCGUGUGGUGUUGCAGCCGAGUGUCGUGUAUUGGCACACAGCGCAAUGUGUUAUUGUCCAAGCGGAUAUACUGGCGAUCCAUUCUCUACAUGCGUAAAACAACAGGAACCACCAACGGAGGUGGCUCUACCUUGCAGUCCUAGCCCUUGUGGUCCAAACGCAAUUUGCCAACCACGUAAUGGCAUUAGCGUUUGCCAAUGUUUACCAGACUAUUUCGGUAAUCCUUAUGAAGCUUGUCGUCCAGAAUGCGUUAGGAACUCGGAUUGUUCAGCAGACAAAGCUUGUCGAAACCACAAGUGCCGUGAUCCAUGUCCCGGCACUUGUGGUUCGCAAGCCACUUGUCAAGUCGUCAAUCAUAUACCGAACUGCGCCUGCCUGCCAGGCUAUCGCGGCGAUCCAUAUACGCAUUGUGAAAUAGUGCAGGCAGAACCUGAACCACCCGUCAAAGUGAGUCCCUGCCAACCAUCUCCAUGUGGCGCCAAUGCACAAUGUCGCGAAACAAAUGGUCAAGCCGUUUGCUCCUGUCUACCGGAGUUCGUUGGCACCCCACCCAGUUGUCGUCCGGAAUGUGUCGUCAGCUCAGAGUGUCCAUCCGACAAAGCAUGCAUCAACCAGAAAUGUAAAGAUCCCUGUCCAGGCGCUUGCGGCUUAAACGCCGAGUGUCAUGUACAUAAUCAUAGUCCGUUAUGUGCUUGUAAGGCCGGUUAUACCGGUGAGGCAUUUACCAGCUGUCAGCCCAUACCACCACCUCGUACCCCAGUACCGCCACAAGCAGAUGUCAAUCCAUGCAUACCUUCACCUUGCGGCCCAUACGCACAAUGUCGUGAAGUUAACGGUGCCGCUACAUGCAGCUGUUUGACGAACUACAUUGGCGCACCGCCCAACUGCCGACCGGAAUGUACAAUUAAUGCGGAAUGUGCCAGCAAUAUGGCCUGUAUAAAUGAGCGUUGUCGCGAUCCAUGUCCCGGUUCGUGUGGCUUUUCAGCGCUUUGUAAUGUAAUAUAUCAUACACCCAGCUGUUCUUGUCCUGUUGGCUAUACUGGCGAUCCAUUUACCAGCUGUCGUCCAUUACCACCUCCACCACCAGCACCAAAACCAGCGGAACCUGUGGAUCCAUGCAUCCCUUCACCAUGUGGCGCAAAUACUGUCUGCAAUAACGGACAAUGUUCCUGCAUACCGGAAUAUCAUGGCGAUCCUAUUAUCGGUUGUCGACCAGAAUGUGUGAUUAAUGCGGAUUGUCCACGUGACCGCGCUUGCGUGCGUAAUAAAUGUGUGGACCCAUGUCCAGGUACAUGCGGCCAACGCGCGCUCUGCGACGUCAUCAACCAUAUACCAAUGUGUCGGUGUCCAGAACGAAUGACUGGUAACGCGUUUGUCGCAUGUGAUCCAGUUCCUGAAGUGGAGUUGAAGAAUCCAUGCCAGCCAUCGCCUUGCGGCCCCAAUUCACAGUGUAUUGAACGAGGUGGCAAUGCUAUUUGCUCUUGCAUUACUGGUUACUUCGGUAAUCCACCAAAUUGUCGCCUCGAGUGUUAUAGCAGUUCAGAUUGUGCACAAAUACACGCGUGUAUUAAUAACAAAUGUGUUGAUCCUUGUCCAGGUCAGUGUGGUCUGAAUGCUGAGUGUCAGGCGGUGCAGCAUCGCGCACACUGCGAAUGUAUACGCGGUUAUACCGGUAAUCCAUAUUCACUUUGUACGAGACCAGAAAUACGACAAGAACCACCUGCAAUACAGAACCCUUGUAUACCAUCUCCUUGCGGUCCUAAUGCUCAAUGUAGCGACGAAAAAGGACAGCCGCGUUGCUCUUGUCUAGCCGAUUUUAUUGGUACACCACCAAAUUGUCGUCCAGAAUGCUCUAGUAAUGAUGAUUGUCCUAACAACUUGGCUUGCAUCAACCGCAAAUGUCGUGACCCAUGUCCCGGUUCAUGUGGUUUUAAUGCCAAUUGUCUUGUAACUUUACAUAUACCCAAUUGUCAUUGCCCAGUUGGCAUGACCGGCGACCCCUUCCGCGUCUGUUAUGAGGCUCCAAAAAUAUUACCACCACCACCGAAACAGGAACCACGUGAUCCUUGCCGCCCAUCACCAUGCGGCCCGAACAGCGAAUGUCGUGGACGUGGCGAUAGCUACACCUGCUCAUGUAUCAAUGACUACAUUGGUAAUCCGUAUGAAGGUUGCCGUCCCGAAUGUAUUGGUAAUUCUGAGUGUUCCUCGAAUCGUGCUUGCAUACGCAACAAAUGCGCCGAUCCUUGCCCAGGCACUUGUGGUGUUGAGGCGCUCUGCACCAUCCACAACCACAUACCAAUUUGCUCAUGCCCUACUGGCUACAGUGGCAAUGCUUUCGUCCAAUGCUCACCUAUUGUAAUAGAACACAUACCACAGGAACGUCGUGAUCCAUGCUACCCAACACCGUGUGGCAUUAAUACGGUCUGCAAAGUACAACGAGAUCAGGCUGUUUGUGAAUGUCUGCCUGGCUUUUUUGGCAAUCCACAAGGUCAGGGUUGUCGUCCGGAAUGUACACUCAGCUCAGACUGUGCCAAAAAUAAGGCUUGUGUCAAUGCUAAAUGUGUCGAUCCAUGUCCCGGCGUCUGCGGUUAUGGCGCACAGUGCCAGACCGCCAAUCACAAUCCAAUAUGCAGUUGCCCCAGUCCAAUGGUUGGCAAUCCGUUUGUUGAAUGUCAUGUGCCACCGCAACCGAUAGAUCCAUGCAAUCCAUCCCCAUGCCGCAGCAAUGGCAUAUGCCAAGUUAUCAAUGAUGCUGCCACUUGCACGUAUCCAGAAUGUGUAACCAAUGAGGACUGUUCACGUAAUCGUGCUUGUAUCAAUCAGAAAUGUCGCGAUCCAUGUAUUAAUGCUUGCGGUGUCAAUGCGAUCUGUAAUGCCAUCAACCAUAAGGCGGUAUGUACCUGUCCAACCGGUUACUAUGGCUCACCGUUUAACCAAUGUCUUCGACAAAUGGAAGAAAUACCAGCACCACGUCCGGAAUGUACCACCGACGCUGAAUGCUCGAACGACAAGGCAUGCGUCAAUCAAGCUUGUCAGAAUCCAUGUGAACUCUCAAAUAUUUGUGGCACAAACGCACGCUGUCACGUGCAAUUGCACAGACCACUCUGUGUCUGUAAUGAAGGUUACACCGGCAACGCUUUCAGUUAUUGCCAUGUCAUCGGUUGUCGCUCAGACGAAGAAUGCCCCGCCACUGAAGCGUGCAUCAACAAACAAUGUACCGAUCCUUGUCCGUACACACAGUGCGGCACGAACGCCAUCUGUCGCGCCGACUACAAUCACAAGGCACGCUGUCACUGCCCAGACGGUUAUCGCGGCAAUCCGUUGGUGCGUUGUGAACGACCCGAAUGCACACGCGACGAUGAAUGCGCCUUUAAUUUGGCCUGUAGGAAUGAACGUUGCGAAGAUCCAUGUAAUUGUGGUGUGGGCGCACAGUGUCGUGUGGACAAUCAUCGCGCACAAUGCCGCUGUCCACCUGGCUAUAGUGGCAAUCCGCUGGUUAGCUGUGUACUCGAAGAACCUAAAGUGGCACCACAAUGUACUAUGGACGCGGACUGUACCAGCAAGUUGGCCUGUUUCAAUGGCGAAUGUAAGAAUCCGUGCGCGGUAACGCAACCAUGUGGCGCAAAUGCUAUUUGUUCCGUAGUGGAUACGCUGCCGUUGCGUACUAUGAUCUGUCAAUGCGAACCCGGUUAUGUGGGUGAUGCGGAUGUGGGUUGUCGCAAAGAACCCGCACGUGAUCAUGGUUGCCAAUCGAAUAACGAAUGCCAAGAUACGGAAGCCUGCCGUAAUGGCGUCUGCGUAAAUCCUUGUAUUGAUGCCUCACCUUGCGCCCGCACAGCCGAAUGCUUGGCUCAGCGUCAUCGCGCCGUCUGCAGUUGUCCACAGGGCACACAGGGUGAUCCAUUCACAAACUGUUAUCAACCACCUGAAAUCACUGCGGGCUGUAAACACGAUUCGGAGUGCCAGUCAACAACGGCCUGCAUCAAUCAACGCUGUCAAGAUCCCUGCGCUGAAGCGAAUCCAUGUGCUGGCAACGCGGAAUGUCGUGUACGCAACUCGCGUCCAAUAUGCUCUUGCCCCGCCGGUUGGGGUGGUGAUCCGCAAUUACAAUGCUACAAACCGGAAUGCAAGAUAAAUGCGGACUGUCCCUACGAUAAGGCUUGUAUCAGUGAGAAUUGUGUGAAUCCUUGCAGUUAUGGUGAGGUACGUUGCGGUACUGGCGCUCAGUGCACACCACAAAAUCACCAAGCUGUCUGCAUAUGUCCGCCGGGCACACAAGGCAAUCCGUUUGUCUCGUGCAUCACCGGUCACUGCCAAUACAAUGAGGAUUGCGCCGAUCAUGAGGCUUGCGAUCGCUUGAAUCGCGUUUGUCGUCCGGUUUGUGAUGAGGACACCUGCGCGCUGAACGCCAUUUGCACUGGCAGACGCCAUCAGCCACAAUGUGAAUGCCGACCCGGCUAUAGAGGCAACCCGUUCGUGCAGUGCGAUGUACCCCGCGAGCCACCCACUAAAGUGGAACCCGAAUGUAAACAAGAUGCUGAUUGUCCAUCUCAAUUAGCUUGUAUUAAUCAGCGUUGCGCCAAUCCUUGCGCCACACCACAUGUUUGCACGCCACAACAGACCUGUCACGUAUUGGAUACGCUGCCUUUGCGUACCAUGAUCUGCAAAUGCCCCAGCGAUACGAUCACCGAUAAUUCGGGUAAUUGCGUACCAAUUAAACAUGAAGUAGUUAGCGGUUGCCAGAGCAACGAUGAAUGUGGUAACAACGAAGUCUGCCAACGUGGUGUGUGUAUCGACGCUUGCCGCUUGGAACGCUGCGGUGUAAAUGCACAAUGUCGCUCACGUGAUCACUAUGCCGAAUGCACAUGCGCACGCGGCUACGAAGGCAAUCCACGUGUUGAGUGUCAAUUGAUCGUACACGAACAGCCGAAAACACCAAACGCAGAAUGCACGAAGAACGAUGACUGUCCCUAUGAUAAGACUUGUAGAAAUGAACGCUGUGUAAAUCCUUGUGUGGAAGAUUCUUGCGGACGCGGUGCCUAUUGUCAUGUACAAAAUAGAGAACCAGUAUGCCGUUGCCCAAGCGGUUUCACCGGCGAUGCACGUGUUGCUUGUGUACCACCGCCAGAUGUCUCUACAAUUGGUUGCAAAUCCAAUUCCGAUUGCUCUCUUAGUGAAUCAUGUGUCAAUGAACGUUGUAUUAACCCUUGCAAUUGCGGCCCGAAUGCCGAGUGCAUUGUGCGUAAUCACCACCCGGUUUGUUACUGUCAACCUGGCUACUCUGGUAAUGCACAAUUCGGUUGCGUGCAAAUUGGCUGCCAAUCGGACGAUGAAUGUUCAUCGGACCAACAAUGCGUGAAUCGUGAAUGUGUGAAUCCUUGUUUGAUCAGUGAUCCGUGUGCCCUCAAUGCUGAAUGCUUUGGUCGUAAUCAUCGCGCAACUUGUCGCUGUCCUGCCGGCUUGGAAGGUGAUCCGUUCCAACGUUGCGUACGCGUCGAAUGUCACUCAGACUAUGAUUGCGCUACAAAUCAAGCAUGUGUACGAAAUCAAUGUGUGAACCCCUGUCAGGAUAGCCCAUGCGCACAAAAUGCCAUUUGUCAAGCAUUACAACAUCGCGCCGUUUGCCGCUGCCCCGAGACCAUGCCGCUCGGUAACCCUUAUGCUUAUUGUGAACGUCGUCCUGUAGAGCCAGUUUGCCGUGACGAUGGCGAUUGUCCAAGUCGCUUGGCUUGCAUUGACAGUAAAUGUCAGAACCCAUGCACCAUACUCUCACCAUGCGCAAGCUCCGCAAAAUGCAGUGUACUGGAUAGUGUACCCGUGCGAACUAUGGUAUGCGAAUGCCCAGAAUCAUAUGUACCAGAUGCGCGCGGUGAGUGCAAACCGAUCGUACUACAGAGUCCACCAGGAUGCAGUAGUGAUGCCGACUGUCCCGAUCAAGAGGCGUGUAUCAAUCGUCAGUGCCGAAAUCCAUGCAACUGUGGCACCAACGCUAUUUGUCAAGUACAAAAUCAUCGCGCCACAUGCUCUUGCCAAGACGGUUACGAAGGCAAUCCCUAUGCAUUAUGUCGCACCAUUGGCUGUCGCAUAGAUAGUGAAUGUGAUUCUGGUAAGGCCUGUAUUAAUGGAAACUGUAUUAAUCCCUGCUUAGUCAAUGAUCCUUGUGGUAUCAACGCCGAAUGCUAUGUGCAAUCUAAUACGGCUAUGUGUCGCUGCAAGAGUGGAUAUCGUGGUAAUGCUUACGAGCGUUGUCGCGUCAUUGGUUGUCUAACUAAUAAUGAUUGCCCCUCUGACAAGAUGUGUCAAAAUGAACAGUGCGUCAAUCCUUGUAUUUAUCACAAUACUUGCUCACAACGCGCCGAGUGCCGCGCGCAAAACCAUUUGGCGGUCUGUCGCUGUCCCGCUGGCUUCCUGGGCAAUCCAUACGUAGACUGCCGUCCAGAACCACAACCUAUGUGCAAAGUAGACACAGAUUGCCCAGCGCGCUUGGCAUGUAUCAACGAUGAGUGUGUCGAUCCCUGCCUUACUCUAGAACCAUGCAACCGACCUGCACAAUGUGAAGUGACACCAACGUCGCCUGUACGUACUAUGAUCUGCAUCUGCCCCGAUGGCUACAUAAGCAGCGGCAGUGGUACCUGCAAACCAACAAAGACAAUUGUCGAGGUUGGCGGAUGUAUUGCGGAUUCAGACUGUGCCACUGAUAAGUCCUGUGUAAAUGGCAUCUGUCGCGAUCCCUGCAAUUGUGGCUUGAACGCUGAGUGUCGCAUUAAAGACCAUAAACCGGUAUGUACUUGUCGUCAAGGUUACGACGGUAACCCUGAAUUCGAAUGUUCCAAAAUUGAAUGCGCUAUAAAUUCGGACUGUCCAUCUACGCACGCCUGUCGCAAUCAACUCUGUGUGCCCGUUUGCCAAGGUGAGCAAUGCGGCACAAAUGCCGAAUGUUUAGCAGUUGAUCACCGCGCUAUAUGUGAAUGUGUGCCCGGCUUCCGUGGCAAUGCCCGCAUCGCCUGUACACCACUUGGCUGUCGCACCGACGGUGAAUGUCCAUCAGACAAGGCGUGUGUCAAUGGCAAAUGUGAGAACCCAUGCGAUACGAAGGCUAUCUGUGCAUAUGACGAAAUUUGCAAGGUCUACAAUCACCAACCGGAAUGUGCCUGUCCACCAGGUACUAUUGCGCGUCGCAACGGCUGUGAACCGCAACGUGACAUACCUAUUUGCCGCUACGAUGGCGACUGUCCCAGCCAAACUGCCUGUAUACGUGGCGAAUGCGUCAAUCCAUGCAAUGCAACACAUCCUUGUGGAGUUAACGCCGACUGUCGUGUCUUAGAUACUGUACCAGUACGUACAAUGAUUUGCGAAUGUUUGGAAGGCUACACCGGCAAUGCGGCCGUACAGUGUGACAAACGCUCAUUGUGUGUGAUUGAGAAAGGCUUCGUACGCGAUGUCGACGGUCAAUGUGUCUGCCCGCCAGGCACUGCUUUGGACAUAUACGAAUAUUGCGCGCCAUGCCUGCCACAACAAGGCUUCAAGAUCGACGAGAAUGGGCGCUGUGUAUGUGCGUUGGAGCGUGGCAUGGUCAUCGAUGAGCGUGGACGCUGUAUCUGUCCGACAGAUCAUGGAUAUCGACUCACACCCGCUGGCGAAUGCAUAGCAGAAGAUCAACCUGGCUGUGAAACGAACGAAGACUGUGCAGACAAUCGCUUCUGCAACACACGUACGAAGACCUGUGAGGAUCCUUGUCUGCAAAAGGUUUGCGGCGUAAAUGCCUUCUGUAAUGCCAUCAAUCAUCGUGCACAAUGUCAAUGCAUCACCGGCUACACCGGCAAUCCAGAGCUUUUCUGCAAUCACACCAACUUCCGUACAGACUUCCCACGUCCCGAUAUGUUAGUCAGCUGUCUGGCUGAUGGUGUACAAGUUGAAAUUCAUAUUACCGAACCCGGUUUCAAUGGUGUGCUCUACGUGAAGGGUCAUAGCAAGGAUGAGGAAUGUCGUCGCGUGGUGAAUUUAGCUGGUGAAAGUGUGCCACGUACGGAAAUCUUCCGUGUACACUUCGGCAGCUGCGGCAUGCAGGCGGUUAAGGAUAUUGCUAGCUUCGUGCUAGUCAUACAGAAACAUCCGAAAUUAGUUACAUAUAAGGCGCAAGCUUAUAACAUCAAAUGUGUCUACCAGACCGGCGAAAAGAAUGUCACAUUGGGUUUCAAUGUGUCCAUGCUAACCACUGCGGGCACAAUUGCCAACACUGGCCCGCCGCCAAUCUGUCAGAUGCGCAUCAUAACGCACGAAGGUGAAGAGAUCAAUUCUGCGGAAAUUGGUGAUAAUCUGAAACUGCAAGUUGACGUGGAACCAGCAACAAUCUACGGUGGCUUCGCACGUUCCUGCAUUGCCAAAACAAUGGAGGAUAACAUUGAGAACGAGUAUAUUGUCACCGAUGAGAAUGGUUGCGCUACAGAUGCGUCAAUCUUUGGCGAAUGGGAAUACAAUGCCGAUACCAACAGCCUUAUGGCUAACUUCAAUGCCUUCAAAUUCCCCUCGAGCGAUAAUAUACGCUUCCAAUGUAAUAUACGUGUCUGCUUCGGUAAAUGUCAACCGGUUAACUGUCGUGGCUACAAUGCAUUCGGACGUAGAAGACGUCGUGCUAUUGCCGAUAAUUCCACCGACACAACAGCGGUGGCAACCGACACCGGCAUGGAGGGUCAAUUGCGCGAGGAAAUAACCAUUUCAUCGAAUGCCAUCUUGACAUUCGAAAAGCGCAGCGGGCCGGGCAUCAGUGAUGCGAACAUCAAACCUGCGGCACAGCGCGUCGAAGACAUUUGCGUCUCCAUGGUGGGUCUCAUAAUAGCGCUCGUCAUAACCGCUUUGCUAGCGUUGGUAGCGGUCGCCGUAGCCGUCUCCUGUUGGCUGAUGGCCUACCGUCGACGACCCAAAACAUUAGCGCCACUACCACAUCCGCCAGAGUUCCCGAAUCCGCUAUUCGCGAAUCCCGAAGCUGUGCCAGAACCUACACCCGAUUAUCUAUCAUAAGCAAUGAUAAACGGGUAAAUACAAGUAUGCAAAUAGUAUAUAGUUUAGUUAAGAAAUUAAAUAAAUGAAAGGAAAUUAGAAUUUAGUAAAGCAAAAACAAACAAUGUAUAGAAAUUGAAGAGUAAAUAAUAUUUGAGAAACAUGUGCAAAAAGUUGAGAGAAAUACUUAAGCAUAUUAUAUAAUGAGAGCAGCUAUUUGCUGAAAAUAUUUGAAAACGUGCAAAGAAAAACAAAAGUGUAAGAAAGCAGCAUAAUUGCUGAAAAUCAACAAAAAUCAAAUGAAAACUAAAUGGUCAAAAUUUGCUAAAAACCUGAAAAUAAAUGUAAUAUAUAGGAUACUACUUCUCAACUCACCAUGACAUUCCUAAAGAGCGUAGCCUAGGUUAGUUAGACGUCCUUCUACGCGCUCGUAUUAUAACUAAUAUGAGAAUUUCAAGUAGCUUUUGGAAAUUUGUGGCAACACUGAGUAUGCGAAAA